GGUCUGCAGUGAUAAUAGGGUCUGUAGUUAUAAUAGGGUCAGCAGUGACUAUAGGGUCUAUAGUGAGAAUAGGGUCUACAGUGAUAAUAGGUUAUGCAGUGAUAAUAGGGUCUGCAGUGAUAAUAGCGUCAGCAGUGAUAAUAGGGUCUGCAGUGAUAAUAGGGUCUACAGUGAUAAUAGGGUCUGCAGUGAUAAUAGGGUCUGCAGUGAUAAUAGGCUAUGCAGUGAUAAUAGGGUCUGCAGUGAUAAUAGCAUCAGCAGUGAUAAUAGGGUAUGCAGUGAUAAUAGGGUAUGCAGUUAUAAUAGGGUUAGCAGUGAUAAUAGGGUUGGCAGUGAUAAUAGGGUUGGCAGUGAUAAUAGGGUCGGCAGUGAUAAUAGGGUCUAUAGUGAUAAUAGGGUCUGCAGUGAUAAUAGGGUCUGCAGUGAUAUUAGGGUCCAUAGUGAUAAUAGGGUCUGCAGUGAUAAUAGGGUCUGCGCAGUGAUAAUAGGGUCUACAGUGAGAAUAGGGUCUGCAGUAAUUAUAGGGUCUGCAGUGAUAAAUGGGUCAGCAGUGAUAAUAGGGUGAGCAGUGAUAAUAGGGUCUGCAGUGAUAAUGGGGUAAGCAGUGAGAAUAGGGUCUGUAGUGAUAAUAGGGUCAGCAGUGAUAAUAGGGUAUGCAGUGAUAAUAGGGUCUGCAGUGAUAAUAGGGUCUGCAGUGAGAAUAGGGUCUGCAGUGAUAAUAGGGUAAGCAGUGAUAAUAGGGUCUGCAGUGAUAAUAGGGUCUGCAGUGAUAAUAGGGUCUGUAGUUAUAAUAGGGUCAGCAGUGACUAUAGGGUCUAUAGUGAGAAUAGGGUCUACAGUGAUAAUAGGUUAUGCAGUGAUAAUAGGGUCUGCAGUGAUAAUAGCGUCAGCAGUGAUAAUAGGGUCUGCAGUGAUAAUAGGGUCUACAGUGAUAAUAGGGUCUGCAGUGAUAAUAGGGUCUGCAGUGAUAAUAGGUUAUGCAGUGAUAAUAGGGUCUGCAGUGAUAAUAGCAUCAGCAGUGAUAAUAGGGUAUGCAGUGAUAAUAGGGUAUGCAGUUAUAAUAGGGUUAGCAGUGAUAAUAGGGUUGGCAGUGAUAAUAGGGUUGGCAGUGAUAAUAGGGUCGGCAGUGAUAAUAGGGUCUAUAGUGAUAAUAGGGUCUGCAGUGAUAAUAGGGUCUGCAGUGAUAUUAGGGUCCAUAGUGAUAAUAGGGUCUGCAGUGAUAAUAGGGUCUGCGCAGUGAUAAUAAGGUCUACAGUGAGAAUAGGGUCUGCAGUGAUAAUAGGGUCUGCAGUGAUAAUAGGUUCUGCAGUGAUAAUAGGUUCUACAGUGAGAAUAGGGUAUGCAGUGAUAAUAGGGUCUGCAGUGAUAAUAGGUUCUGCAGUGAUAAUAGGGUAUACAGUGAGAAUAGGGUCUGCAGUGAUAAUAGGGUCAGCAGUGAUAAUAGGGUCUGCAGUGAUAAUAGGGUCUGCAGUGAUAAUAGGGUAUGCAGUGAUAAUAGGGUCUGUAGUUAUAAUAGGGUCAGCAGUGACUAUAGGGUCUAUAGUGAGAAUAGGGUCUACAGUUAUAAUAGGUUAUGCAGUGAUAAUAGGGUCUGCAGUGAUAAUAGCGUCAGCAGUGAUAAUAGGGUCUGCAGUGAUAAUAGGGUCUACAGUGAUAAUAGGGUCUGCAGUGAUAAUAGGGUCUGCAGUGAUAAUAGGUUAUGCAGUGAUAAUAGGGUCUGCAGUGAUAAUAGGGUAUGCAGUUAUAAUAGGGUUAGCAGUGAUAAUAGGGUUGGCAGUGAUAAUAGGGUCGGCAGUGAUAAUAGGGUCUAUAGUGAUAAUAGGGUCUGCAGUGAUAAUAGGGUCUGCAGUGAUAAUAGGGUCUGCAGUGAUAUUAGGGUCCAUAGUGAUAAUAGGGUCUACAGUGAUAAUAGGGUCUGCAGUGAUAAUAGGGUCUACAGUGAUAAUAGGUUCUACAGUGAUAAUAGGGUCAGCAGUGAUAAUAGGUUCUGCAGUGAUAAUAAGGUCUGCAGUGAUAAUAGGGUCUGCAUUGAGAAUAGGGUAUGCAGUGAUAAUAGGGUAUGCAGUUAUAAUAGGGUUAGCAGUGAUAAUAGGGUUGGCAGUGAUAAUAGGGUUGGCAGUGACAAUAGGGUCGGCAGUGAUAAUAGGGUCUAUAGUGAUAAUAGGGUCUGCAGUGAUAAUAGGGUCUGCAGUGAUAUUAGGGUCCAUAGUGAUAAUAGGGUCUGCAGUGAUAAUAGGGUCUGCGCAUUGAUAAUAGGGUCUACAGUGAGAAUAGGGUCUGCAGUGAUAAUAGGGUCUGCAGUGAUAAUAGGUUCUGCAGUGAUAAUAGGUUCUACAGUGAGAAUAGGGUAUGCAGUGAUAAUAGGGUCUGCAGUGAUAAUAGGUUCUGCAGUGAUAAUAGGGUCUACAGUGAGAAUAGGGUCUGCAGUGAUAAUAGGGUCAGCAGUGAUAAUAGGGUCUGCAGUGAUAAUAGGGUCUGCAGUGAUAAUAGGGUAUGUAGUUAUAAUAGGGUCAGCAGUUAUAAUAGGGUCUGCAGUGAUAAUAGGGUAUGUAGUUAUAAUAGGGUCAGCAGUGACAAUAGGGUCUGUAGUUAUAAUAGGGUCAGCAGUGACUAUAGGGUCUAUAGUGAGAAUAGGGUCUACAGUUAUAAUAGGUUAUGCAGUGAUAAUAGGGUCUGCAGUGAUAAUAGCGUCAGCAGUGAUAAUAGGGUCUGCAGUGAUAAUAGGGUCUACAGUGAUAAUAGGGUCUGCAGUGAUAAUAGGGUCUGCAGUGAUAAUAGGUUAUGCAGUGAUAAUAGGGUCUGCAGUGAUAAUAGGGUAUGCAGUUAUAAUAGGGUUAGCAGUGAUAAUAGAGUUGGCAGUGAUAAUAGGGUCGGCAGUGAUAAUAGGGUCUAUAGUGAUAAUAGGGUCUGCAGUGAUAAUAGGGUCUGCAGUGAUAAUAGGGUCUGCAGUGAUAUUAGGGUCCAUAGUGAUAAUAGGGUCUGCAGUGAUAAUAGGGUCUGCGCAGUGAUAAUAGGGUCUACAGUGAGAAUAGGGUCUGCAGUGAUAAUAGGGUCUGCAGUGAUAAUAGGUUCUGCAGUGAUAAUAGGUUCUACAGUGAGAAUAGGGUCUGCAGUGAUAAUAGGGUCUGCAGUGAUAAUAGGGUCUGCAGUGAUAAUAGGGUCUGCAGUGAUAAUAGGAUCUGCAGUGAUAAUAGGGUCUGCAGUGAUAAUAGGGUAUAAAGUGAUAAUAGGGUCUGUAGUGAUAAUAGGAUCUGCAGUGAUAAUAGGGUUUGCAGUGAUAAUAGGGUAUGUAGUGAUAAUAGGGUCUGCAGUGAUAAUAGGAUCUGCAGUGAUAAUAGGAUCUGCAGUGAUAAUAGGAUCUGCAGUGAUAAUAGGGUCUGCAGUGAUAAUUGGGUCUGCAGUGAUAAUAGGGUCUAUAGUGAUACUAGGGUCUGCAGUGAUAAUAGGAUCUGCAGUGAUAAUAGGGUCUGCAGUGAUAAUAGGGUCUGCAGUGAUAAUAGGGUCUAUAGUGAUAAUAGGGUCUGCAGUGAUAAUAGGAUCUGCAGUGAUAAUAGGGUCUGCAGUGAUAAUAGGGUCUGCAGUGAUAAUAGGGUCUAUAGUGAUAAUAGGUUCUGCAGUGAUAAUAGGGUAUGCAGUGAUAAUAGGUUAUGCAGUGAUAAUAGGGUCUGCAGUGAUAAUAGGGUCUGCAGUGAUAAUAGGGUCUGCAGUGAUAAUAGGGUCUACAGUGAAAAUAGGGUCUGCAGUGAUAAUAGGGUCUGCAGUGUUAAUUGGAUCUGCAGUGAUCAUAGGGUCAGCAGUGAUAAUAGGGUAUGCUGUGAUAAUAGGGUCAGCAGUGAUUAUAGGGUCUGCAGUGAUAAAUGGUUCAGCAGUGAUAAUAGGGUGAGCAGUGAUAAUAGGGUCUGCAGUGAUAAUGGGGUAAGCAGUGAGAAUAGGGUCUGCAGUGAUAAUAGGGUCAGCAGUGAUAAUAGGGUAUGCAGUGAUAAUAGGGUAUGCAGUGAUAAUAGGAUCUGCAGUGAGAAUAGGAUCUGCAGUGAUAAUAGGGUAAGCAGUGAUAAUAGGGUCUGCAGUGAUAAUAGGGUCUGCAGUGAUAAUAGGGUCUGUAGUUAUAAUAGGGUCAGCAGUGACUAUAGGGUCUAUAGUGAGAAUAGGGUCUACAGUGAUAAUAGGUUAUGCAGUGAUAAUAGGGUCUGCAGUGAUAAUAGCGUCAGCAGUGAUAAUAGGGUCUGCAGUGAUAAUAGGGUCUACAGUGAUAAUAGGGUCUGCAGUGAUAAUAGGGUCUGCAGUGAUAAUAGGUUAUGCAGUGAUAAUAGGGUCUGCAGUGAUAAUAGCAUCAGCAGUGAUAAUAGUGUAUGCAGUGAUAAUAGGGUCUGCAGUGAUAAUAGGGUAUGUUGUUAUAAUAGGGUCAGCAGUGAUAAUAGCGUCAGCAGUGAUAAUAGGGUCUGCAGUGAUAAUAGGGUCUACAGUGAUAAUAGGGUCUGCAGUGAUAAUAGGGUCUGCAGUGAUAAUAGGUUAUGCAGUGAUAAUAGGGUCUGCAGUGAUAAUAGCAUCAGCAGUGAUAAUAGUGUAUGCAGUGAUAAUAGGGUCUGCAGUGAUAAUAGGGUCUGCAGUGAUAAUAGGUUAUGCAGUGAUAAUAGGGUCUGCAGUGAUAAUAGGGUAUGCAGUUAUAAUAGGGUUAGCAGUGAUAAUAGGGUUGGCAGUGAUAAUAGGGUCGGCAGUGAUAAUAGGGUCUAUAGUGAUAAUAGGGUCUGCAGUGAUAAUAGGGUCUGCAGUGAUAAUAGGGUCUGCAGUGAUAUUAGGGUCCAUAGCAAUAAUAGGAUAUGCAGUGAUAAUAGGGUCUGCGCAGUGAUAAUAGGGUCUACAGUGAGAAUAGGGUCUGCAGUGAUAAUAGGGUCUGCAGUGAUAAUAGGUUCUGCAGUGAUAAUAGGUUCUACACUGAGAAUAGGGUCUGCAGUGAUAAUAGGGUCUGCAGUGAUAAUAGGUUCUGCAGUGAUAAUAGGGUCUACAGUGAGAAUAGGGUCUGCAGUGAUAAUAGGGUCAGCAGUGAUAAUAGGGUAUGCAGUGAUAAUAGGGUCUGCAGUGAUAAUAGGGUCUGCAGUGAUAAUAGGGUAUGUAGUUAUAAUAGGGUCAGCAGUGACAAUAGGGUCUAUAGUGAGAAUAGGGUCUACAGUGAUAAUAGGGUCUGCAGUGAUAAUAGGGUCUACAGUGAUAAUAGGGUCUACAGUGAUAAUAGGGUCAGCAGUGAUAAUAGGUUCUGCAGUGAUAAUAGGGUAUGCAGUGAUAAUAGGGUCUGCAGUGAGAAUAGGGUCUGCAGUGAUAAUAGGGUAAGCAGUGAUAAUAGGGUCUGCAGUGAUAAUAGGGUCUGCAGUGAUAAUAGGGUAUGUAGUUAUAAUAGGGUCAGCAGUGACAAUAGGGUCUAUAGUGAGAAUAGGGUCUACAGUGAUAAUAGGGUCUGCAGUGAUAAUAGGGUCUACAGUGAUAAUAGGGUCUGCAGUGAUAAUAGGGUCUACAGUGAUAAUAGGGUCUACAGUGAUAAUAGGGUCACCAGUGAUAAUAGGGUCUGCAGUGAUAAUAAGGUCUGCAGUGAUAAUAGGGUCUGCAUUGAGAAUAGGGUCUGCAGUGAUAAUAAAGUAAGCAUUGAUAAUAGGGUCUGCAGUGAUAAUAGGUUCUGCAGUGAUAAUAGGGUCUGCAGUGAUAAUAGGGUCUACAGUGAUAAUAGGGUCUACAGUGAUAAUAGGGUAUGCAGUGAUAAUAGGGUCUACAGUGAUAAUAGUGUCUACAGUGAUAAUAGGGUCUACAGUGAUAAUAGGGUCAGCAGUGAUAAUAGGGUCUGCAGUGAUAAUAAGGUCUGCAGUGAUAAUAGGGUCUGCAUUGAGAAUAGGGUAUGCAGUGAUAAUAGGUUAUGCAGUGAUAAUAGGGUCUGCAGUAAUAAUAGCAUCAGCAGUGAUAAUAGGGUAUGCAGUGAUAAUAGGGUAUGCAGUUAUAAUAGGGUUAGCAGUGAUAAUAGGGUUGGCAGUGAUAAUAGGGUCUAUAGUGAUAAUAGGGUCUAUAGUGAUAAUAGGGUCUGCAGUGAUAAUAGGGUCUGCAGUGAUAAUAGGGUCUGCAGUGAUAUUAGGGUCCAUAGUGAUAAUAGGGUCUGCAGUGAUAAUAGGGUCUGCGCAGUGAUAAUAGGGUCUACAGUGAGAAUAGGGUCUGCAGUGAUAAUAGGGUCUGCAGUGAUAAUAGGUUCUGCUGUGAUAAUAGGUUCUACAGUGAGAAUAGGGUCUGCAGUGAUAAUAGGGUCUGCAGUGAUAAUAGGGUCUGCAGUGAUAUUAGGGUCCAUAGUGAUAAUAGGGUCUGCAGUGAUAAUAGGGUCUGCGCAGUGAUAAUAGGGUCUACAGUGAGAAUAGGGUCUGCAGUGAUAAUAGGGUUAGCAGUGAUAAUAGGGUUGGCAGUGAUAAUAGGGUCGGCAGUGAUAAUAGGGUCUAUAGUGAUAAUAGGGUCUGCAGUGAUAAUAGGGUCUGCAGUGAUAAUAGGGUCUGCAGUGAUAUUAGGGUCCAUAGUGAUAAUAGGGUCUGCAGUGAUAAUAGGGUCUGCGCAGUGAUAAUAGGAUCUACAGGGAGAAUAGGGUCUGCAGUGAUAAUAGGGUCUGCAGUGAUAAUAGGUUCUGCAGUGAUAAUAGGUUCUACAGUGAGAAUAGGGUCUGCAGUGAUAAUAGGGUCUGCAGUGAUAAUAGGGUCUGCAGUGAUAUUAGGGUCCAUAGUGAUAAUAGGGUCUGCAGUGAUAAUAGGGUCUGCGCAGUGAUAAUAGGGUCUACAGUGAGAAUAGGGUCUGCAGUGAUAAUAGGGUCUGCAGUGAUAAUAGGUUCUGCAGUGAUAAUAGGUUCUACAGUGAGAAUAGGGUCUGCAGUGAUAAUAGGGUCUGCAGUGAUAAUAGGUUCUGCAGUGAUAAUAGGGUCUACAGUGAGAAUAGGGUCUGCAGUGAUAAUAGGGUCAGCAGUGAUAAUAGGGUAUGCAGUGAUAAUAGGGUCUGCAGUGAUAAUAGGGUCUGCAGUGAUAAUAGUGUAUGUAGUUAUAAUAGGGUCAGCAGUGACAAUAGGGUCUAUAGUGAGAAUAGGGUCUACAGUGAUAAUAGGGUCUGCAGUGAUAAUAGGGUCUACAGUGAUAAUAGGGUCUACAGUGAUAAUAGGGUCAGCAGUGAUAAUAGGUUCUGCAGUGAUAAUAGGGUAUGCAGUGAUAAUAGGGUCUGCAGUGAGAAUAGGGUCUGCAGUGAUAAUAGGGUAAGCAGUGAUAAUAGGGUCUGCAGUUAUAAUAGGGUCUGCAGUGAUAAUAGGGUAUGUAGUUAUAAUAGGGUCAGCAGUGACAAUAGGGUCUAUAGUGAGAAUAGGGUCUACAGUGAUAAUAGGGUCUGCAGUGAUAAUAGGGUCUACAGUGAUAAUAGGGUAUACAGUGAUAAUAGGGUCAGCAGUGAUAAUAGGGUCUGCAGUGAUAAUAAGGUCUGCAGUGAUAAUAGGGUCUGCAUUGAGAAUAGGGUUUGCAGUGAUAAUAGGGUCAGCAGUGAUAAUAGGGUAUGCAGUGAUAAUAGGGUCUGCAGUGAUAAUAGGGUCUGCAGUGAUAAUAGGGUCUACAGUGAUAAUAGGGUCUACAGUGAUAAUAGGGUCUACAGUGAUAAUAAGGUCUACAGUGAUAAUAGGGUCUACAGUGAUAAUAGGGUCAGCAUUGAUAAUAGGGUCUGCAGUGACUAUAGGGUCUAUAGUGAGAAUAGAGUCUAUAGUGAGAAUAGGGUCUGCAGUGAUAAUAGGGUCUGCAGUGAUAAUAGGGUCUGCAGUGAUAAUAGGGUCUGCAGUGAUAAUAGGGUCUACAGUGAUAAUAGGGUCUGCAGUGAUAAUAGGGUCUGCAGUGAGAAUAGGGUCUGCAGUGAUAAUAUGGUCUGCAGUGAUAAUAGGGUCUGCAGUGAUAAUAGGGUCUGCAGUGAUAAUAGGGACUGCAGUGAUAAUAGCCUACAUUCUCUUCUUGGCCUAAUGAGGGACUUAAGAUUUAGAGAGAGAGAGAGAGAGAGAGAGAGAGAGAGAGAGAGAGAGAGAGAGAGAGAGAGAGAGAGAGAGAGAGAGAGAGAGAGAAUGAGAGAGAGAGAGAGAGAGAGAGAGUGUGUGUGUGUGUGUGUGUGUGUGUGUGUGUGUGUGUGUGUGUGAGUGAGUGAAUGUGUGAGCGUUUGAGGGGGGAAGUGUGGUUUUUAAAUUUGCUGAAGGAAAUGUGGAUGGAAAUGGAGCGUUUUCAAAGCGGAGGGAGGGAUGGAGAAAGAGAGCUGUUUCUCUUUAAGGAAUAAUUCCCACUUUCUACUUCAGUCUCCACACCUGCGACCCAGCAGCCCCAGACAUGUCUCCCAGGAGUCUGUGUGUGUGUAAAUGAUUGAUGAGUCAGACCUGAAUCUCUGCCACAGCAGGCCUGAUCAGGCAUGUUCCCCUCAUAAUAGUACCAUCAAUAUGUGACUGAAGUGUGUGUGUGUGUGUGUGUGUGUGUGUGUGUGUCUGGAAGGAGGAGGGGUGUGUAAUAAAUGAAAGGUAGAGAUGAAACGCCCACGGACCAACAAGUUUCACCAGGACUGUCAGUUUCUAUAAUUUAGAAUUCCAAUCAAAUUAACAUGAACAAUAACAUUGCUUAUUUUACUUCUCUACUGAUUGAACUUUGUUUCCGUGUAUUUUAUUUUUAUUUGAAAAUUAAAUUAAAGUCACACACCCUCUAUUCUCUCUCUGCAGUUAUUUUUCACAUAGCUUUAUACAUUUUCUUUCUCUCUACAGUAUUUUCAAUUUUCCCACUGAACUGUCUUUGACCAAACACUCUUAGAUAUUUGAUGAGGAGUAUUUGAUGCAGAGCAUUAGUCUGACUAUAUUAUUGAUUUUUAGAGAGUAAUGCAUUAACUCAUUAAAAAUGCAUAUGGGCAUUAGGCUACAUGAAAGGAACAUGUCCCCUGACAUGUCUUAUUGAUUUGGGAGUGAAUUACGAGCUCUUCUUUAGGAUCCAUAGGAAAAGCAUUAAGAGACUGAUACUAACCACACACUCAAUGGCUUAAGAACUAUUUAUGACUGAUCCACUCAACCUACGGAAUGCCUUGUCUCCUCUCGACUCGUAUCUCUCACUCUGCACCCUCUUCUCUCUCGACCGUUUCCUAUCUCUCUCUCUCUCCUCUCCGUUCUCUCUCUCUUCCACUCCUCUCUCUCCAUCUCUUCUCUCUCUCGUCUCUCUCCCCUCUCGUCCUCUCUCUCAUCCUCUCUUCCCGGCGUCCUCCAUCUCCUCAUGUCUCUCUCUCCUCUCGUCUUCUCUCUCAGUCUCUCUCAAUGGCCCUCUCCUCUCAUUCUCUCUCUCGGUCGAAGCUCGGAUGGGUCUCGACGUCUCUCUCCCUGGGCUCUCUCGGGAUCUCUCUCAGUCCUGUCCCGGUCUCUCGAUCUCCUCGAGCUGCUCACUCUCUCUCGGGGUCUCCUCUCGCAUCUCAUCUCUCUCUCUUCUCUCUCUCUCUCCUCUCUCUCUCUCUCUCUCUCUCUCUCUGCUCUCUCUUCCUCUUCUCUCUCCUCUCUCUCUUCUCUCUCUCUCUCUCUCUCAUUACAGUUGAAUUUUUUGCAGUGUUUGAACUUGUCUGCUGCUUGCUUCAAAGUACCCCCCGCAAAACUAGAAUAGUCCCAGUAAGCAAAAUUACGUUGAAAAGAUGUCUAAAAUACGUAUCUUCCAGACGUUGAAGUUAGGCUCAAUUUAGGUUCUGAAUGAAAGGUGAAAAUAUGUAUUUUCCGGACAUUGGCAUCAGGUUCAUUUUCGGUUCUGAAUUAAAGUUGAAAAGACGUCAUUUAUAGAUAUAUAUGUUUGGACCAAAUCAAGGCCUGUCCAGACCGGAUCAAAUCUGAACCAAAAUUAGACAUCUAUGUUUGGUCCAAAUCAAGACUGGUCCAGACCGGACAAAAUCUGAACAAAACAUAGACAUCUAUAAAUGGUUCAGAUUUGGUCCGGACCAAAAAUCUAUGUCUGUGGACGUUGAAAUCAGGACCGGUCGGACCGCACCAAAUCUGAACCAAACAUAGACGUCUAUGUUUGGGCCAAAGCAAUGCUGGCCCAGACCGGACCAAAACCAACGUCCGUGGAAGUGGACAUCAAGGCCGGUCUUGGCUGCACCAAAAAAAGACUGCUGGUCCGGACAGGACCAGAAAAAUACAUCCAUUAGACAUCAGCGUCGGUCCGUGCUUACUUGGGUGUAGCCUAACACGUCGGCCUGCAAUGGAAUUUUAUGAAUGCCCAUCCAUGUGGUAGGCCCACCGUUUGUAAAACAGGCAGUUGCAUUAGCUUUAUUAGUCCUGAUUCCUGUGACUAAUCAAUGUGGCAAUUUAAUCUCUGAAUAUCAGCUACCCAACUUUAUCAGGAGUUAUCCUGAGCCUAUUUGCAAUGUGUUUACACAGCGGGAAAUGCUACAGAAUUGUCUUUUUCACUAUGAUCAGCUCGUACAAAAUUGACAGACAAACUUGAAACCAUUGAUCAUGACAAUUUAGCACACAGGGUGAAACUCCUGGACAGCAGUUGCGAGUAGCCUGAUUAUCCAUUCCAUAUAGUCCAUUUUACUUUGACCUGUCCUGUUUUUAGGUUAUGUUGUUUGUUAACAUUUCAGCAAAUGUUUUCUUUGAUUUGGCACCGUUUAGGUUAGGCUAUUUGAUCGGAGAAACCUGCAUGAUGUAAAAAGUGUCUGUCUCAUUACAUUGUCAUACAUUUUAUCUCCAGCCUGUAGGCUACAGAAAAGGCCACUUCCACUUUCUACCAUAUCCUAUAUCUGCUACAUGAUUUAUGUUAGAUGAUUUUUUUGACGGAAUGUUGGUGGAGCAUGGCAGUGAUGCGUCUCUCCAACAACACCCUGGAGAGGUGCGUUGGGAAUGUACAAGAUUAAUAUUUUGCGCCCAUACCUUUGACAAAGUGGGCACUGCUUAUCACGAGGCGGCAUCAGCGCUCACCUAAAAAGCCCACUGGUUGAGAGAAAUUGUCAUUGUUUUGUGGCAGAAUUAUGUGAGGUUUUAUGUGUUUUUGGAGGUGCGUCUUGGUCAGUUUAGCUCAGAAAAUGUCACCCUCUUCAAACUGUCGCCAUAGGCAGCCUAAUCCUGCCUAAUGAGCGGGCCGGCCUUGGCUGGAAUCAAGACAUGCCUACUGGUGAUCUUCUAAAAUAUUUUAGAAUUUCACUCUCUUUCCCGCCGUUGUACAUUUGGCGCCAACAGUUGCCUCGUGGGCCAGUGCAUGGGCUAAGUUUGCUUGCCAAAUUCAGCAGUAGUACUAGUUGGGUGAGACAGACAGAGCAGACAACGGUCAAACAUUACCGAAUAGCUAGCUUCCCCCCACCACACGAGUUUAAAAAGGCAUGUAACUUAGCUAAUACCAGGCUAAAUACUACAACACUGAUAUGUUGUUAUUGAGGAUAAUUUGUUAUCUAGGUAAUUCACCGUUCAAGUUACAAAAUGAAUAGCUAAUGUUAGCUAGCUAGCUAGCUUUGUGAGAUGUGGGGGUAGAGACUGCUGUGGUGCAAGAUUUGUAACAAGCUAAUGUAUAUAGUCCAAUUAGCUACCUGCUGGGCCUCCCGAGUGGCGCAGUGGUCUAAGGCAUUGCAUCUCAGUGCUUGAGGGCUUGAGGUGUCACUACAGCCCUGGGUUCGAUCCCAAGCUGUGUCACAGCUGGGCGUGACUGGGAGACCCAUGAGGCGACGUACAAUUGGCCCAGCGUCAUCUGGGUUAGGGGAGGGUUUGGCCGGCCUGGAUUUCCUUGUCCCAUCACGCUCUAGUGACUCCUUGUGGUGGGCCGGGCGCCUGAAUGCUGACUUCGAUCGCCAGCUGGACGGUGUUUCGUCCGGCUGGCUUCCGGGUUAAGCGAGCAGUGUGUCAAGAAGCAGUGCGGCUUGGUGGGGUUGCAGAGAUGGGACAAGACUGUAACUACCAAUUGGGGUGAAGAAUAUAUAUAUUUAGCUAACGGUUUAACAGAUGAUAAUUAUUAAUUUAGCUAUAUUUUGGAUUUGACUAGCCAUAAAGUGAUAGCCUCAGAGGCAAAAACUGUUGAGGGAAGACAGCAAGGAUGAGUAAAUCUUAAACUAUGUAUUUAGAUUGUAGUUAGGUAUUGUAGGUAGUUAUCGUGGGUUGUUGUAUGUAAUUAUUGUAGGUUAGUAUUGUAUUCGGCUGAGCCCGGUGAAGCACGAAGCUAGCUAACCCACUACCUGGACUAGUUAGCGGGUAGCUACUGGUAACUAUUAGCAACUGUGGAUAGUUGUUUCACGCCUGAGAGUACCUGUAAUUACGCCAGCUAGCUGCCUACAAUAAUUACAUACAAUAAUGCCUACCAUUCAGCUGUUUUUCUAACCUCAUUGUCUGAAGCGUUAACGUUAGGUAGUAAGUGGCUACUGUGCUUGAAAUUUAGCUAGCUUGUUGCUACCUGGAUAGCUACUAAGCAAUAGCUGGAACGACCUAGCGAACAGACGCGAACUGGCUGAGUCAAUUCAGUGGCUAGCUUUGCACUUGACUAGCUAACAGUAGCUGCUAGGGGUAAGUUAUAACCUACAUUUGUGUUUUGUUUUUACAUACUGGUAGCCAGAGUCGUUCAAGGGAAUUCGGGACAUGGGUGACUAGUUAACGUUAGCUUGGCUCUCUCUGUGUGUUCGUGCCGUGGGAGGAGGGGUUUCUUCUUUGUCUGAAAGCAAUGGCUAGCUAGUAUGCUAACUAUUCUAGCUAACUAACUGGCUGAAUAAGUUGACGACGGACUCGCUCAAGCUGUCGGGACUAACCCACAACGUUAGACACGGACACGAAAGAUCUGCUUGGCGUGUUGACACACUGGUGGUUUGUUGUGGCCGAGUAUUGGUGCUAAACCGUGUUGUUGGAGUCCGGCAUGCUAGUUGGCUGUGGCGUCAUAUGACUAGGUGCCCUGGACGAUUUUCACGGAAGAAUACUGUACCAAGUUAGCUAGCUGAAUAAACUAAGUGUCACGCCCUGACUCUGGGGACUCGUAUAUGUUGAGUCAGGGUGUGUAUGUUCUAUGUUGUGUAUUUCUAUGUUGGGUUUCUAAUAUGUUGGGUUUCUAAUGACUCUGGUAAGACAAGGGGCGGCGGUCUGUGUAUAUUUGUAAACAACAGCUGGUGCACAAAAUCAAAUACUAAGGAAGUCUCAAGGUUUUGCUCGCCUGAGGUAGAGUAUCUUAUGAUAAGCUGUAGACCACACUAUUUACCAAGAGAGUUUUCAUCUAUAUUUUUCAUAGCUGUCUAUUUACCACCACAAACCAAUGCUGGCAUUAAGAUUGCUCUGAAUGAGUUGUACAAGGCCAUUAAUCAACAGGAAAACGCUCAUCCAGAUGCAGCGCUCCUAGUGGCCGGGGACUUUAAUGCAGGGAAACUUAAAUCCGUUCUACCUAAUUUCUACCAGCAUGUUAAAUGUGCAACCAGAGGGAAAAAAACUCUAGACCACCUUUACUCCACACACAGAGACGCAUACAAAGCUCUCCCUCGCCCUCCAUUUGGCAAAUCUGACCAUAACUCUAUCCUCCUGAUUCCUGCUUAUAAGCAAAAACUGAAGCAGGAAGCACCAGUGAUUCGGUUAAUAAAAAAGUGGUCAGAUGACGCAGAUGCUAAGCUACAGGACUGUUUUGCUAGCACAGACUGGAACAUGUUCCGGGAUUCUUCAGACAGCAUUGAGGAGUACACCACAUCAGUCACUGGCUUCAUCAAUAAGUGCAUCGAUGAUGUCGUCCCCACAGUGACCGUACGUACAUACCCCAACCAGAAGCCAUGGAUUACAGGAAACAUCCGCACUGAGCUAAAGGGUAGAGCUGCCGCUUUCAAGGAACGGGACUCUAACCCGGACGCUUAUAAGAAAUCCCGCUAUGACCUCCGACGAACCAUCAAACAGGCAAAGAGUCAAUACAGGUCUAAGAUUGAAUCAUACUACACUGGCUCUGACGCUCGUCGGAUGUGGCAGGGCUUGAAAACUAUUACAGACUACAAAGGCAAGCACAGCCGCGAGCUGCCCAGUGACACAAGCCUACCAGACGAGCUAAACCACUUCUAUGCUCGCUUCGAGGCAAGCAACACUGAAGCAUGCAUGAGAGCACCAGCUGUUCCGGAUUACUAUGUGAUCACGCUCUCCGUAGCCGAUGUGAGUAAGACUUUUAAGCAGGUCAACAUUCACAAGGCCGCAGGGCCAGACGGAUUACCAGGACGUGUACUCCGAGCAUGUGCUGACCAACUGGCAAGUGUCUUCACUGACAUUUUCAACAUGUCCCUGACUGAGUCUGUAAUACCAACAUGUUUCAAGCAGACCACCAUAGUCCCCGUGCCCAAGAACUCUAAGAUAACCUGCCUAAAUGACUACCGACCCGUAGCACUGACGUCUGUAGCCAUGAAGUGCUUUGAAAGACUGGUCAUGGCUCACAUCAACAGCAUAAUCCCAGAAACCCUAGACCCACUCCAAUUUGCAUACCGCCCCAACAGAUCCACAGAUGAUGCAAUCUCUAUCGCACUCCACACUGCCCUUUCCCACCUGGACAAGAGGAACACCUACGUGAGAAUGCUAUUCAUUGACUACAGCUCAGCAUUCAACACCAUAGUGCCCUCUAAGCUCAUCACUAAGCUAAGGAUCCUGGGACUAAACACCUCCCUCUGCAACUGGAUCCUGGACUUCCUGACGGGCCGCCCCCAGGUGGUAAGGGUAGGUAACAACACAUCUGCCACACUGAUCCUCAACACGGGGGCCCCUCAGGGGUGCGUGCUCAGUCCCCUCCUGUACUCUCUGUUCACCCAUGACUGCAUGGCCAGGCACGACUCCAACACCAUCAUUAAGUUUGCCGACGACACAACAGUGGUAGGCCUGAUCACCGACAACGAUGAGACAGCCUAUAGGGAGGAGGUCAGAGAUCUGGCCGUGUGGUGCCAGGACAACAACCUCUCCCUCAACGUGACCAAGACAAAGGAGAUGAUUGUGGACUACAGGAAAAAAAAGAGGACUGAGCACGCCCCCAUUCUCAUCGACGGGGCUGUAGUGGAACAGGUUGAGAGCUUCAAGUUCCUUGGUGUCCACAUCACCAACGAACUAUCAUGGUCCAAACACACCAAGACAGUCGUGAAGAGGGCACGACAAAGCCUAUUCCCCCUCAGGAGACUAAAAAGAUUUGGCAUGGGUCCUCAGAUCCUCAAAAAAUUCUACAGCUGCACCAUCGAGAGCAUCCUGACUGGUUGCAUCACCGCCUGGUAUGGCAACUGCUUGGCCUCUGACCGCAAGGCACUACAGAGGGUAGUGCGUACGGCCCAGUACAUCACUGGGGCAAAGCUCCCUGCCAUUCAGGACCUCUAUACCAGGCGGUGUCAGAGGAAGGCCCUCAAAAUUGUCAAAGACUCCAGCCACCCUAGUCAUAGACUGUUCUCUCUGCUACCGCACGGCAAGCGGUACCGGAGUGCCAAGUCUAGGUCCAAAAGACUUCUCAACAACUUCUACCCCCAAGCCAUAAGACUCCUGAACAGCUAAUCAUGGCUACCCGGACUAUUUGCACUGCCCCCCCACCCCAUCCUUUUUACGCUGCUGCUACUCUGUUAAGUAUUUAUGCAUAGUCACUUUAACUCUACCCACAUGUACAUAUUACCUCAACUACCUCAACUAGCCGGUGCCCCCGCACAUUGACUCUGCAACGGUACCCCCCUGUAUAUAUAGCCUCCCUACUGUCACUUUAUUUUACUGUAUAUAUAGCCUCCCUACUGUCACUUUAUUUUACUUCUGCUCUUUUUUUCUCAACACUUUUUUUGUUGUUGUUUUAUUCUUACUUUUUUUGUUUAAAAUAAAUGCACUGUUGGUUAAGGGCUGUAAGUAAGCAUUUCACUGUAAUGUCUGCACCUGUUGUAUUCGGCGCAUGUGACCAAUAACAUUUGAUUUGAUUUGAUUUGAUUUGAUGUGUAGAUCUAUGUUGGCCGGUGUGGUUCCCAAUUAGAGGCAGCUGUAGCUCGUUGUCUCUGAUUGGGGACCAUACUUAGGCAGCCUAUUGGCACUAGUGGGUUGUGGGAUCUUGUUCCGUGUAGGUAUGUUUUGUGUUCUACCUUGGACUUCACGUUUCGUUUGUUUAUUGUUUUGUCGGUUGUUUAUUCAUUAAAAUAAACAUGUACGCAUAUCACGCUGCGCCUUGGUCUGACCCGUCGAUGAACGUACGUGACAGAAGAUCCCACCAAACGAGGACCAAGCAGCGUGUCCAAGAGCAGACAGCCUGGACCUGGGAGGAGAUCCUGGACAGUAAGGGAUCCUGGACUUGGGAGGAGAUUCAGGCCGGGAUGGAUCGCCGUCCUUGGGAGGAGACAGUGGAGGCGCGGUAGAGAGAGGAGCAGCGGCAACGCGGAAGGUGCCGGCCGAGGAAGAAGCCCGAGAGACAGCCCCAAUAAUUUUCUUUGGGGGGGCUAAAAGGGUGGUUGGCGGAGCCUAGUGUUAGAGCAGAGCCAACUCCCCGUACUCACGCGAGGAGGUGUGUGACUGGGCAGGCUCCGUGUUAUGCGGAGCUACGUACUGUAUCGCCAGUACGCGUGCACAGCCCAGUGCGUCCUGUGCUAGCACCACGCACGUGCCGUGCGAAGAUGGGCAUCCAGCCAGGACGGGGUGUGCCGGCUCAACGCUCCUGGUCUCCAGUACGCCUCCUCGGUCCCGCGUAUCCUGUGCCAGUUCUAAGAGCUGUAUCGCCAGUGCGCGUGCACAGCCCAGUGCGUCCUGUGCCAGCGCCCCACACGUGUAGUGCGAAAGUGGGCAGCCAGCCAGGACGGGUUGUGCCAGCUCUCCGCUCCAGACCUCCAGUCCGCCUUCGCAGUCCGGUCCGGCCCGUUCCUGCUCCUCGCACCAGGCCAGUGGUGCGUGUCGCCAGCCCGGUCCGGCCUGUUCCUGCCCCUCGCACCAAGCCAGUGGUGCGCGUCGCCAGCCCGGCCUGGCCUGUUCUUGCCCCUCGCACCAAGCCAGUGGUGCGCGUCGCCAGCCCGGUCCGGCCUGUUCCUGACCCUCGCACCAAGCCAGUGGUGCGCGUCGCCAGCCCGGCCCGGCCUGUUCCUGCCCCUCGCACCAAGCCAGUGGUGCGCGUCGCCAGCCCGGCCCGGCCUGUACCUGCUCCCCGUACCAGGCCAGUGGUGCGCGUCGCCAGUCCGGUACUGCCCGUUCCUGCUCCCCGCACCAGGCCAGUGGUGCGUGUGUCCAGUCCGGCACGGCCCGUGCCUGUUCCACCGGUGCCUAGUCCGGCACCGGUCAGCUGCUCCACUCCGGAGCCAGAGCAGUCCGCUCCACCGGUGCCUGAUCCAGCUCCGGUUAGCUGCUCCACUCCGGAGCCAGAGCAGUCCGCUCCACCGGUGCCAAGUUCAGCUCCGGUCAGCUGCUCCACUCCGGAGCCAGAGCAAUCCGCUCCACCGGGGUCCAGUCCAGCUCCGGUCAGCGGCUCCACUCCGGAGCCAGAGCAGUCCGCUCCACCGGUGCCUGAUCCAGCUCCGGUCAGCGGCUCCACUCCGGAGCAAGAGCAGUUCGCUCCACCGUCGUCGGGUCCAGCUCCAGUCAGCGGUUCCAGUCCAGACCCAGAGCACUCCGCUCCACCGGUGCUUGAUCCAGCUCCGGUCAGCGGCUCCACUCCGGAGCCAGAGCAGUUCGCUCCACCGUCGUCGGGUCCAACUCCAGUCAGCGGUUUCAGUCCAGACCCAGACGUCAGCCCCUCUCCAGGUUCGGGGUCUCCCACACCAGGGUCCAGACAGGGCUUGGUACUUCGUGGGAGGAAGGAGAGGGCAAGCAGCGCGCCGAGGUCCAGACCAGGGGCGCAACAGGGAGGCGGAAUGCCCACCCGGCCCCUACCCUGUUAUGUUUAUGUUGUGCGGUCGGAGUCCGCACCUUUGGGGGGGGGGGGGGGGGGGGUACUGUCACACCCUGACUCUGGGGACUCGUAUAUGUUGAGUCAGGGUGUGUAUGUUCUAUGUUGUGUAUUUCUAUGUUGGGUUUCUAAUAUGUGUAGAUCUAUGUUGGCCGGUGUGGUUCCCAAUCAGAGGCAGCUGUAGCUUGUUGUCUCUGAUUGGGGUCCAUACUUAGGCAGCCUAUUGGCACUAGUGGGUUGUGGGAUCUUGUUCCGUGUAGGUAUGUUUUGUUUUCUAACUUGGACUUCACGUUUCGUUUGUUUAUUGUUUGUCGGUUGUUUAUUCAUUAAAAUAAACAUGUACGCAUAUCACGCUGCAGCUUGGUCUGACCCGUCGAUGAACGUACGUGACACUAAGUUAGUCUAUUCCUAGAAAACAUUGAACCGCCGUAGUUUACAACAAUUAUAGUUUCUGAGGUGGAAGUUGGGAGAGUUAUAUUUGGGUGUUUCAGUGAAACGUAAGUGAGGGAGGCCCCGCUCUCUCCUUUCCCAGAUGUUUAGUUCAUUUCAUUCCGAUCUCCUUUGCAUUAUUGUAGCCAUUUUCUGUAGCCUGUCAACUAUGCCCUGUUCUAUCCCCUGUUCUUCCCUCUCUCUCCCGCACAGGCUAUACACACGCCUCCACUCACACCGCUGCUGCCUUCUAACCUGGUUGUCGCUGCACGAACCGACCCACGUGGAUUCCAGGUCUCAGGCAGCCUCUUGGAACUGCCGUCUGUUCUCUGCCUGCCAACAAGGCAGAGUCAUCUCACUCACUCAGCCUAUACUGGAACUAACUAAUACUACACAUACUAGCCUAUACUAAUCCUCAUAAUCCUACUCACUACCUCCCCCCUCUAACUACCCUCCCCUUCCCUUCGACUCUUGCGCUGACGGAAACAAUGGAUUACCCACAUAAUAAACCCAUACCACCUAUGACGAACCAACUGCUCCCCUUUCCCCCCCCUACUGGGCAGCGCUGUCUCCUGCCUCCUUAGCCCUCGCCUUCUCCUCCUCCUCUGCUCUCUCAUCCUGCGUCCUGAGACUCCAUGUGGUUCUCUCUUUGUCUCCUCGCUCUCUCAUAUCCCUCUAUCUCUGGUCCAUCUUGUGGUCUUUUCCUCUUUUUUUUUUCCCCUUCCCUGCCUCCUCUCACUUCCCCCUGUGUUGGGCCCUUCUUCUCGGACUCACUUCUCAAUCUCCACACACAAGACCGGAGGCAUCUUUGUUCCCUUCCACUCCUCUUUCUCCUCCUCUCCUCUCCUAUCUCCCCUCAUUUUGAAUUCCAUUCUGUCACGUCACUAGCCCAUUCAAGCUUCACAUCCUUGUCAUUUAUAAUAUUCGCCCAUAAAUAAAUAAAUUAUCGCUCCUCUUAUAUUUAUCUCUAUCUCCCGUCCAUUUUCCCUCCCGUGGAGAGUUUCAUCAAUGAGCCUCUUGACGCUUUGUAGGUUCCUUUCCUUUCCUGAGAUGGCUCACACACUUGGGCUCACCCUCACGCCAUUUUCUCCUCCCGUGGCUCAUCUUCCCACCCUCCACCCCCCCCUCGGUCCCCUUUUCUUUUUUGGACUUCAUUUCACAACCUCCCUACGUUCUACCACCUUGACUCAUUUCUCUCUGCUCCUUCUUUUUUUCUUCUUCUUUCUUUCUUUAUCCUUCUUUCUCCUUCUUUUCUUUCGGUCAUUCUCUCUUCCUCCUUCUUUUUUUUCUUCCCGUCUUCUUUUCUUUCCCCUUCUGGUUGUCUUUCCAUUCCCUGUGCUGCCCCUCCUUCUUUCUUUCCCAUUUUGUACCUUCUUUCCCUUCUUUCCCUCCCUCUCCUCUUUUUUUUUUUUCUCCUCCUUUUCUUCCCACUCUUUCGCUCCCCUUACCCCCUUCUUCCCCUGCCCUCCUCUCCGCUCUUUUUUGUGUUGUUAUUCCCUUCCUUCCCCUGCACUUCCCCGGUCCCCCCCCGCCCACGGGGUCACCCUCCCCCCCCUCCCCCCCGCCCCCACCUCCCCCCGGGGGGCCCCACCGCACGCGCCCCACCCCCCCGCCCGCACCCCUCCUCCCCUCUUGCACUUGUCCGCUCACGCUUGGACCCCUCAUCUUUACUAGAUGCUGUUCUUCUACUAAUCUCACUGCAACUCCCCUCCAUGUCUCCGACCACUACUUUGUAUCCUUUUCUCUCUCGCUCUCCUCCAACACUACUCACUCUGUCCCUACUCAGAUGGUAAUGCACCGUCGCAACCUUCUCUCUCUCUCUCCCGCUACUCUCUCCUCUUCCAUUCUAUCAUCUCUUCCCUCUGCUCAAUCCUUCUCCCUCCAAUCUCCUGAUUCUGCCUCCUCAACCCUCCUCUCCUCCCUUUCUGCAUCCUUUGACUCUCUAUGUCCCCUAUCCUCCCGGCCGGCUCGGUCCUCCCCUCCUGCUCCGUGGCUUGAUGACUCAUUGCGAGCUCACAGAACAGGGCUCCGGGCAGCCGAGCGGGAGGAAAACUAGACUCCCUGCGGACCUGGCAUCUUUUCACUCCUCUCUACAUUUUCUUCAUCUGUUUCUGCUGCUAAAGCCACUUUCUACCACUCUAAAUUCCAAGCAUCUUCCUCCCCCUCCCCCCCCCCCCCCCCCCCCCCCCUCCUCCCUCUCUGUGGAUGACUUCGUCAACCAUUUUGAAAAGAAGGUUGACGACAUCCGAUCCUCGUUUGUUAAGUCAAAUGACACUGCUGGUCCUGCUCACACUGCCCUACCCUAUGCUUUGACUUCUUUCUCCCCUCUCUCUCCAGAUAAAAUCUUGCGACUUGUGACGGCCGGCCGCCCAACAACCUGCCCGCUUGACCCUAUCCCCUCCUCUCUUCUCCAGACCAUCUCCGGUGACCUUCUCCCUUACCUCACCUCGCUCAUCAACUCAUCCUUGACCGCUGGCUAUGUCCCUUCCAUCUUCAAGAGAGCGAGAGUUGCACCCCUUCUCAAAAAACCAACACUCGAUCCCUCUGAUGUCAACAACUACAGACCAGUAUCCCUUCUUUGUUUUUUCUCCAAAACUCUUGAGCGUGCCGUCUUUAGCCAACUCUCUUGCUAUCUCUCUCAGAAUGACCUUCUUGAUCCAAACCAGUCAGGUUUCAAGACUGGUCAUUCAACUGAGACUGCUCUUCUUUGUGUCACGGAGGCUCUCCGCACUGCUAAAGCUAACUCUCUCUCCUCUGCUCUUGUCCUUCUAGACCUGUCUGCUGCCUUUGAUACUGUGAACCAUCAGAUCCUCCUCUCCACCCUCUCUGAGCUGGGCAUCUCCGGCGCGGCUCACUCUUGGAUUGCGUCCUACCUGACCGGUCGCUCCUACCAAGUGGCGUGGCGAGAAUCUGUCUCCGCACCACAUGCUCUCACAACUGGUGUCCCCCAGGGCUCAGUUCUAGGCCCUCUCCUAUUCUCGCUAUACACCAAGUCACUUGGCUCUGUCAUAUCCCCACAUGGCCUCUCCUAUCAUUGCUACGCAGACGACACACAACUAAUCUUCUCCUUUCCCCCUUCUGAUAACCAGGUGGCGAAUCGCAUCUCUGCAUGUCUGGCAGACAUAUCAGUGUGGAUGACGGAUCACCACCUCAAGCUGAACCUCGGCAAGACGGAGCUGCUCUUCCUCCCGGGGAAGGACUGCCCGUUCCAUGAUCUCGCCAUCACGGUUGACAACUCCGUUGUGUCUUCCUCCCAGAGUGCGAAGAGCCUUGGCGUGACCCUGGACAACACCCUGUUGUUCUCCGCUAACAUCAAGGCGGUGACCCGAUCCUGUAGGUUCAUGCUCUACAACAUUCGGAGAGUACGACCCUGCCUUACACAGGAAGUGGCACAGGUCCUAAUCCAGGCACUUGUCAUCUCCCGUCUGGAUUACUGCAACUCCCUGUUGGCUGGGCUCCCUGCCUGUGCCAUUAAACCCCUACAACUCAUCCAGAAUGCCGCAGCCCGUCUGGUGUUCAACCUUCCCAAGUUCCCUCACGUCACCCCGCUCCUCCGCACACUCCACUGGCUUCCAGUUGAAGCUCGCAUCUGCUACAAGACCAUGGUGCUUGCCUACGGAGCUGUGAGGGGAGCGGCACCUCCGUACCUUCAGGCUCUGAUCAGUCCCUACACCCAAACGAGGGCAUUGCGUUCAUCCACCUCUGGUCUGCUGGCUCCACUACCUCUGCUGAAGCACAGUUCCCGCUCAGCCCAGUCAAAACUGUUCGCUGCUCUGGCACCCCAAUGGUGGAACAAGCUCCCUCACGACGCCAGGACAGCGGAGUCACUCACCACAUUUACAUUUAAGUCAUUUAGCAGACGCUCUUAUCCAGAGCGACUUACAGUUAGUGAUUACAACUUUUUUUUUAUACUGGCCCCCCGUGGGAAUCGAACCCACAACCCUGGCGUUGCAAACACCAUGCUCUAUCAACUGAGCUACAUCCCUGCCAGCCAUUCCCUCCCCUACCCUGGGCCAAUUGUGCGCCGCCCAUGAGUCUCCCGGUCGCGGCCGGCUGCGACAGAGCCUGGAUUCAAACCAGGAUCUCUAGUGGCACAGUUAGCACUGCGAUGCAGUGCCUUAGACCACUGCGCCACCUUCCGGAGACAUUUGAAACCCCACCUCUUUAAGGAACACCUGGGCUAGGAUGAAGUAAUCAUUCUACUGUGUGUUCGAAUGACACGUUUCUCUACUGUGUGUUGUACUGAGUAGAGAGUCUCUACUAUGUGUUGUAUUGAGUAAAGUGUCUCUACUGUGUGUUGUAAUGAGCAGAGUGUCUCUCCUGUGUGUUGUAAUGAGCAGAGUGUCUAUAAUGUGUGUUGUAAUGAGCAGUGUUUCUACUGUGUGUUGUAAUGAGCAGAGUGUUUUUACUGUAUGUUGUAAUGAGCAGAGUCUCUACUGUGUGUUGUAAUGAGCAGAAUGUCUCUACUGUGUGUUGUAAUGAGCAGAUUGUCUCUAAUGUGUGUUGUAUUGAGCAGAGUGUCUCUACUGUGUGUUGUAAUGAGCAGAGUGUCUCUACUGUCUGUUGUAAUGAGCAGAGUGUCUACUGUGUGUUGUAAUUAGCAGAGUCUCUACUGUGUGUUGUAUUGAGCAGAUUGUCUCUACUGUGUGUUGUAAUGAGAAGUAUAUCUACUGUGUGUUGUAAUUAACAGAUUGUCUCUACUGUGUGUUGUAUUGAGCAGAUUGUCUCUACUGUGUGUUCUAAUGACAAGUUUCUCUACUGUGUGUUGUACUGAUCAGAGUGUCUCUACUAUGUGUUGAAUUGAGCAGAGAGUCUCUACUGUGUGUUGUAUUGAGAAAAGUGUCUCUACUGUGUGUUGUAAUGAGCAGAGUGUCUCUACUGUGUGCUGUAUUGAGCAGAGUGUCUUUAAUGUGUGAUGUAAUGAGCAGAGUGUCUCUACUGUGUGUUGUAAUGAGCAGAGUGUCUAUAAUGUGUAUUGUAAAGAGCAGUGUCUCUACUGUGUGUUGUAUUGAGCAGAGUGUCUCUAUUGUGUGUUGUAAUGAGCAGAGUGUCUAUAAUGUGUGUUAUAAUGAGCAGUGUCUCUACUGUGUGUUGUAAUGAGCAGUGUUUCUACUGUAUGUUGUAAUGAGCAGAGUCUCUACUGUGUGUUGUAAUGAGCAGAGUGUCUCUACUGUGUGUUGUAAUGAGCACAAUGUCUCUACUGUGUGUUGUAAUGAGCAGAUUGUCUCUAAUGUGUGUUGUAUUGAGCAGAGUGUCUCUACUGUGUGUUGUAAUGAGCAGAGUGUCUCUACUGUCUUUGUAAUGAGCAGAGUGUCUCUACUGUAUGUUGUAAUGAGCAGAGUGUCUUUUCUGUGUGUUGUAAUGAGCAGAGUGUCUCUACUGUGUGUUGUAAUGAGCAGCGUGUCUCUACUGUGUGUUGUAAUGAGCAGAGUGUCUAUAAUGUGUGUUAUAAUGAGCAGUGUCUCUACUGUGUGUUGUAAUGAGCAGAGUAUUUCUACUGUAUGUUGUAAUGAGCAGAGUCUCUACUGUGUGUUGUAAUGAGCAGAGUGUCUCUACUGUGUGUUGUAAUGAGCAGAGUGUCUCUACUGUUUGUUGUAAUGAGCAGUGUGUCUCUACUGUGUGUUGUAAUGAGCAGAGUGUCUCUACUGUGUGUUGUAAUGAGCAUUGUGUCUCUACUGUGUGUUGUAAUGAGCAGAGUGUCUCUACUGUGUGUUUUAUUGAGCAGAGUUUCUCUACCAUGUGUUGUAUUGAGAAAAGUGUCUCUACUGUGUGUUGUAAUUAUUACAGUGUCUCUACUGUGUGUUGUAAUGAGCAGAUUGUCUCUACUGUGUGUUGUAUUGAGCAGAGUGUCUCUACUGUGUGUUGUAAUGAGCAGAGUGUCUCUACUGUGUGUUGUAAUGAGCAGUGUCUCUACUGUGUGCUGUAUUGAGCAAAGUGUCUAUACUGUUUGUUGUAUUGAGCAGAGUCUCUACUAUGUGUUGUAAUGAGCAGAGUAUCUCUACUGUGUGCUGUAUUGAGCAGAGUGUCUCUUCUGUGUGUUGUAAUGAGCAGAGUGUCUACUGUGUGUUGUAAUGAGCAUAGUGUCUCUACUGUGUGUUGUAUUGAGCAGAGAGUCUCUAAUGUGUGUUGUAUUGAGCAAAGUGUCUCUACUGUGUGUUGUAAUGAGCAGAGUGUCUCUACUGUGUGCUGUAUUGAGCAGAGUGUAUCUAAUGUGUGUUGUAAUGAGCAGAGUGUCUCUAGUGAGUUUUGUAAUGAGCAGAGUGUCUCUAAUGUGUGUUGUAAUGAGCAGAGUAUCUCUACUGUGUGUUGUAUUGAGCAGAGUGUCUCUACUGUGUGUUGUAAUGAGCAGAACGUUUUUUGUGUUAUUACAUACAGCCGGAAAUAACUUUUGGAUAUCAGAGUGACGGUAAAUCAUCAGCAUUACGACGAGAAAUACGACUUUCCCGAAUUGGAUCCUUUGUUCGUACUCUCCAGGGCAAUUGAACUUAUCCCAGAGGCUGCUCCAAGACACCGCCGGUUGAGAAGAGGCAUUUGGAGUGGACUUCUAGUCCGACUCAGGAGGCGUGCACACCAUCCACUGCUUCCGAAUAUUUUACUCGCUAAUGUUCAGUCCUUGGACAAUAAAGUAGACAAGCUCAGGGCGAGGAUCUCCUUCCAGAGAGACAUCAGGUUCUGUAACAUACUCUGUUUCACAGAAUCAUGGUUCUCUCCGGAUAUACUGACCCUGUCCAUACAGCCAGCUGGGUUCUCAGUACAUCCCGCAGACAGGAAUAAAGAACUCUCCGGGAAGAAUCAUGCAUGUUUCAUGAUUAACCACUCAUGGUGUGAUUGUGAUAAUGUACAGGAACUCAAGUCCUUUUGUUCACCCGACCUAGAAUAUCUCACAAUCAAAUGUCGACCGUAUUACCUCCCAAGAGAAUUAUCUUCGGUUAUAGUAACAGCCGUGUAUAUUCCCCCUCAAGCCAAUACCACGACGGUCCACAAGCAACUACACUGGACUUUGUGCAAACUGGAAAGCACAUAUCCUGAGGCCGCAAUUAUUGUAGCUGGGGAUUUUAACAAAGCAAAUUUGAGGAAAAUGCUACCGAAGUUCUAUCAACACAUUGCCUGUAGUACUCGCGCUAAAAAAACUCUCGACCAUUGUUACUCCCCCUUCAAGGAUGGCUACAAGGCCCUCCCCCGCUCUCCCUUUGGCAAAUCAGAUCACGACUCCAUUUUACUCCUCCCUUCCUAUAGGCAGAAACUCAAAUAGGAAGUACCCGUGUUAAGGUCUAUUCAACGCUGGUCUGACCAAUCAGAAUCCAUGCUUCAAGAUUGUUUUGAUCACACAGACUGGGAUAUGUUCCGGGUUGUCUCUGAGAAUAACAUUGACGUAUAAACGGACACGGUGACUGAGUUCAUCAGGAAGUGUAUAGGGGAUGUUGUUCCCACUGUGACUAUUAAAACAUACCCAAACCAAAAAACGUGGAUAGAUGGCAGCAUUCGUGCAAAACUGAAAGCGCGAACCAUCGCAUUUAACCACGGCAAGGUGACUGGGAAUAUGGUCGAAUACAAACAGUAUAAUUAUUGCUCCCGGACAAGCUAAACACAUUCUUCGCCCGUUUUGAGGAUAACACAGUGCCACUGACGGGGCCCACUCCCAAGGACUGUGGGCUCUCAUUCUCUGUGGCCGACGUGAGUAAUACAUUUAAGAGGGUUAACCCUCGCAAGGCUGCCGGCCCAGACGGCAUACCUAGCCACGUCCUCAGAGCAUGCGCAGACCAGCUGGCUGGAGUGUUUAUGGACAUAUUCAAUCUCUCCCUUUCCCAGUCUGCUGUCACCACUUGCUUCAAGAUGUCCACCAUUGUUCCUGUACCCAAGAAAGCAAAGGUAACUGAACUAAAUGACUAUCGCCCCGUAGCUACAGUGGUCCUCUGUAGCUCAAUUGGUAGAGCACGGCGCUUGUAACGCCAGGGUAGUGGGUUCGAUCCCCGGGACCACCCAUACGUAAACAUUUAUGCACACAUGACUGUAAGUCGCUUUGGAUAAAAGCGUCUGCUAAAUGGCAUAUUAUUAUAUUAUAGCACUCACUUCUGUCAUCAUGAAGUGCUUUGAGAGGCUAGUUAAGGAUCAUAUCACUUACACCUUACCUGACAUCCUAGAACCACUUCAAUUUGCAUACCGCCCCAAUAGAUCCACAGAUGACGCAAUCGCCAUUGCACUGGACACUGCCCUAUCCCAUCUGGACAAGAGGAAUACCUAUGUAAGAAUGCUGUUCAUUGACUAUAGCUCAGCCUUCAACACCAUAGUACCCUCCAAGCUCAUCAUUAAGCUCGGGGCCCUGGGUCUGAACCCCGCCCUGUGCAACUGAGUCCUGGACUUCCUGACGGGCCACCCCCAGGUGGUGAAGGUAGGAAACAACACCUCCACUACGCUGAUCCUCAACACAGGGUGUGUGCUCAGCCCCCUCCUGUGCUCCCUGUUCACCCAUGACUGCGUGGCCACGCACACCUUCAACUCAAUUAUCAAGUUUGAAGACGACACAACAGUAGUAGGCUUGAUUACCAACAAUGACAGCCUACAGGGAGGAGGUGAGGGCCCUGGCGGAGUUGUGCCAGGAAAAUAACCUCUCCCUCAAGGUCAACAAAAUGAAGGAGCUAAUUGUGGACUUCAGGAGACAAAAGAGAGAGCAAGUCCCUAUUCACAUCGACGGGACCGCAGUGGAGAAGGUGAAAAGCUUCAAGGUCCUCGGCAUACACAUCACUGACAAUCUGAAAUGGUCCACCCACACAGACAGUGUGGUGAAGAAGGCUCAACAGUGCCUCUUCAAACUCAGGAGGCUGAAGAAAUUCGGCUUGACCCCUAAGACCUUCACAAACUUUUACAGAUAUACAAUUGAGAGCAUCCUGUUGGGCUGUAUCACCGCCUGGUACGGCAACUGCACCGCCCGCAACCGCAGGGCUCUCCAGAGGGUGGUGCGGUCUGCCCAAGCAUCACCGGGGGCACACUGCCUGCCCUCCAGGACACCUACAGCACCCGAUGUCACAGGAAGGCCAAAAAGAUCAUCAAGGACAUCAACCACCCGAGCCAUGGCCUGUUCACCCCACUAUCAUCCAGAAGGCGAGGUCAGUACAGUUGCAUCAAAGCUGGGACCGAGAGACUGAAAAACAGCUUCUAUCUCAAGGCCAUCAGACUGUAACCAUCACUCGCCGGCUACCACACGGUUACUCAACCCUGCUUCCCUAUGUACAUAGACAUGGAAUCAAUGGUCACUUUAAAUGGAACACUAGUCACUUUAAUAAUACUUACAUUCUGUUUUACUCAUUUCAUAUGUAUAUACUAUAUUCUACUGUAUUUUAGUCAAUGCCACUCCGACAUCGAUCGUCCUAAUAUUUAUAUAUUUCUUAAUUCAUUAUUUUACUUUUAGAUUUGUGUGUAUUGUUGUGAAUUGUUAGAUACUACUGCACUGUUGGAGCUAGGAACACAAGCAUUUCGCUACACCCGCAAUAACAUCUGCUAUAGACGUGUAUGUGACCAAUAAAAUUUGAUUUGAUUUUAUUACAAUUAAAAGAAGCGCCCAUCAAUCUACUCGCUGACCUUAUUUAUUUUAGGGGAAGUUAUUUGCAAAAGUAAACCUUCAAUAGUGAACACGCUAGCACUAUGCCGGCUGCUGUUGACAGUCUGCACAAAGAAAGCUACAAAAAGACACCUAGCAUUAUUCUUGGCUAGCCAGAUCAUAAUCUCACUUGGAACAUUUGUCUUAAAGGGGCAGCAUCCUAUUUGGAGUUGUAAAAAUGUUAUUCUCAAAAUGACAUACUUUACAAACAUUAAUGCAAUUAAUACAAUGCAAUUCUAAAGAAUAGAGUAAUGACUUGCAUUGCUAAAUUAUAUUAAACAGCUUUUUAAUGCAUAUAAUAAUAACCAAAUAUAGCCAAUUAAAAGCUGAAUAUAGAGAGAAAGCAUGCCAACCUAUAGGCCCCGCAUGACCCCAAUGCAUUUAAGAACUACACCAAGUCCGGGCCAGUAGAAAUUCUGUUCGGCCAGUAGAUUUUUGACCAGCUGGCCCAAUCGGGCCAGUGAGAAAAAAAGUUAAAGUUGGACCCUGGUGUUAUGUAAAACACCUGGGGCCUCAUUUAUAAGCAUUGCGGACAUUUAACACUAAAUAUCUGCAUGCGCCAUUUCUGAAAAGACUGCACAAGUACAAAAGUAUAAACACGCAUGUUUCCCGUUAUAAAUCAGACCCGUCCUGAAACUGCAUGUUUCGCCUUUAUAAAUCAGACCCGUCCUGAAACUGCAUGUUUCCCUUUAUAAAUCAGACCCGUCCUGAAACUGCAUGUUUCCCGUUAUAAAUCAGACCCGUCCUGAAACUGCAUGUUUCCCGUUAUAAAUCAGACCCGUCCUGAAACUGCAUGUUUCCCGUUAUAAAUCAGACCCGUCCUGAAACUACAUGUUUCCCGUUAUAAAUCAGACCCGUCCUGAAACUGCAUGUUUCCCUUUAUAAAUGAGACCCGUCCUGAAACUGCAUGCGUGUGAACAAGCAUUAAAACUCUGCCUGAAAAACUGCCCAUCAUUCACCUUUUGUGGAAGUAUUGGAAUUAUGCCAAGACAGUAUCUAAAGGAAAUAGCAAGGCAUGGCAAACUUGAUCAGAUGUACAUGUAUAUAUUUGGAGGUGUUGGCAGAAUGUUUUCUUUUGCAGUGACAUUUGCUGUAUCUGACCAUUUCUGAAAGACAAAAACAAUUGCAAAUUGUUGUGGACCUGUAAACAGAUCAUUUGAAUUCAAUAAUGUUUUGCAUUUAAUUUUUCCCGAACCUAAAUAUGCUGCACUGCCCAUGAAUUCUGAACCAUUGCCUACUCAGAUUUUUGUUUUUAACUUACAUUGGUAGCCUGCACACUGUCUGUUCACCUGUUAAAUUCUACUGUAUGUUAUAAACCGCGCUCCCCUUCGGAUGUAUAGAGCAAUAAACUUGAAAUUAUAGGCCCAAUUAAAUGAGAGAUGCGCAUGGUAAUUUGUUGUACGACUACUUUGGGAAUAUUAACUCAUCAAGGCCAUAAAAGGUGAGGAAUGUAUUCUGCAAUGGUUAUCAUAACCAGGGUUUUUUUAACAAAAUUAUUUAAAAAAUAAAAAACAGAAAUACUUUAUUUACAUAACUAUUCCGACCGUUUGCUAUGAGUCUCGAAAUUAAGCUCAGGUGCAUCCUGUUUCCAUUGAUCAUCCUUGAGAUGUUUCUGCAACUUGAUUGGAGUCCACCUGUGGUAAAUUCAAUUGAUUGUACAUGAUUUGGAAAGGAACACACCUGACUACACUGCCUUGCAAAAGUAUUCAUCCCCCUUGGCAUUUUUCCUAUUUUGUUGCAUUACAACCUGUAAUUUAAAUUUAUUUUUAUUUGGAUUUCAUGUAAUGGACAUACACAAAAUAGUCCAAAUUGGUGAAGUGAAAUGAAAAAAAAAAAAAUUACGGAAAAGUGGUGCAUGCAUAUGUAUUCACCCCCUUUGCUAUGAAGACCUUAAAUAAGAUCUGGUGGAACCAAUUACCUUCAGAAGUCACAUAAUUAGUUAAAUAAAGUCCACCUGUGUGCAAUCUGAGUGUCACAUGAUCUGUAAAGUUUGGUGGAGGAGGAAUAAUGGUCUGGGGCUGUUUUUCAUGGUUCGGGAUAGGCCUCUUAGUGUCACAUGAUCUGUAAAGUUUGGUGGAGGAGGAAUAAUGGUCUGGGGCUGUUUUUCAUGGUUCGGGAUAGGCCCCUUAGUGUCACAUGAUCUGUAAAGUUUGGUGGAGGAGGAAUAAUGGUCUGGGGCUGUUUUUCAUGGUUCGGGAUAGGCCCCUUAGUGUCACAUGAUCUGUAAAGUUUGGUGGAGGAGGAAUAAUGGUCUGGGGCUGUUUUUCAUGGUUCGGGAUAGGCCCCUUAGUGUCACAUGAUCUGUAAAGUUUGGUGGAGGAGGAAUAAUGGUCUGGGGCUGUUUUUCAUGGUUCGGGAUAGGCCCCUUAGUGUCACAUGAUCUGUAAAGUUUGGUGGAGGAGGAAUAAUGGUCUGGGGCUGUUUUUCAUGGUUCGGGAUAGGCCCCUUAGUGUCACAUGAUCUGUAAAGUUUGGUGGAGGAGGAAUAAUGGUCUGGGGCUGUUUUUCAUGGUUCGGGCCUUUUAGGCCUCUUAGUUCCAGUAAAGGGAAAUCUUAACGCUGCUGCAUACAAUGACAUUCUAGACUAUUCUGGGGAAGGCCCUUUGGGGAAGGCCCUAUCCUGUUUCAGCAUGACAAUGCCCCAGUGCACAAUGCGAGAUCCCUACAGAAAUGGUUUUGUCACAUGUUUAUGUUGUAUACUGUAUUUCUGUAGUGUUUACUGUAGUGUUUACUGUAGUGGUUACUGUAGUGGUUACUGUAGUGGUUACUGUAGUGUUUACUGUAGUGGUUACUGUAGUGUAGUGUUUACUGUAGUGUUUACUGUAGUGGUUACUCUAGUGGUUACUGUAGUGUAGUGUUUACUGUAGUGUUUACUGUAGUGUUUACUGUAGUGGUUACUGUAGUGUUUAUUGUAGUGGUUACUGUAGUGUAGUGUUUACUGUAGUGUUUACUGUAGUGGUUACUGUAGUGGUUACUGUAGUGUUUACUGUAGUGGUUACUGUAGUGUAGUGUUUACUGUAGUGUAGUGUGUACUGUAGUGUUUACUGUAGUGUUUACUGUAGUGUAGUGUUUACUGUAGUGUUUACUGUAGUGUAGUGUUUACUGUAGUGUAGUGGUUACUGUAGUGUUUACUGUAGUGGUUACGGUGUAGUGUAGAGUGUUUACUGUAGUGUAUGUUACUGUAGUGUAGUGUUUACUGUAGUGGUACUGUAGUGUAAGUGUUUACUGUAGUGGUUACUGUAGUGUAGUGUUUACUGUAGUGUAGUGGUUUACUGUAGUGUAGUGUUUACUGUAGUUUACUGUAGUGGUUACUGUAGUGUAGUGUUUACUGGUAGUGUUUACUGUAGUGGUUACUGUAGUGUAGUGGUUUACUGUAGUGUUUACUGUAGUGUGUGUUUACUGUAGUGUAGUGGUUACUGUAGUGUUUACUGUAGUGGUUACUGUAGUGUAGUGUUUACUGUAGUGUUUACUGUAGUGUAGUGUUUACUGUAGUGUAGUGUUUACUGUAGUGUUUACUGUAGUGUAGUGUUUACUGUAGUGUAGUGUUUACUGUAGUGUUUACUGUAGUGUAGUGUUUACUGUAGUGGUUACUGGAGUGUAGUGUUUACUGUAGUGUAGUGUUUACUGUAGUGUUUACUGUAGUGGUUACUAUAGUGUAGUGUUUACUGUAGUGUUUACUGUAGUGUAGUGUUUACUGUAGUGUAGUGGUUACUGUAGUGUUUACUGUAGUGUUUCUGUAGUGUAGUGUUUACUGUAGUGUAGUGUUUACUGUAGUGUUUACUGUAGUGUAGUGUUUACUGUAGUGUAGUGUUUACUGUAGUGUAGUGUUUACUGUAGUGUUUACUGUAGUGUAGUGUUUACUGUAGUGUUUACUGUAGUGUAGUGUUUACUGUAGUGUUUACUGUAGUGUAGUGUUUACUGUAGUGUAGUGUUUACUGUAGUGUUUACUGUAGUGUAGUGUUUACUGUAGUGUAGUGUUUACUGUAGUGUUUACUGUAGUGGUUACUGCAUGCUAUUUGGUUUUUGUAGAACUGAAAGACGACCACAAUAUACGUCUAUUUACAGACUAACAGGAGGCUGCCAUUGUGCAAAUGGUAAUUGAAAAUAUGCAAUAAGACUGCAGGAAAUCCAACAACAGAUUAUUGAAAACCAUCUUCCAUAACAUCAGAGUGAGCUCAUCAACCAUAGCCCGCAUCCUUAAGAAACACCAUCUCCGGAUUAAGCAAAUCAACAGAGUUUCAUUUGAAAGGAAUUCCCAAAGAGUGAAGGUGAAGGAUAAACGGUACGAAUAUGUGCAAGUAAGCAAUGUAGUAGUAUUACACUCUUGAAACAUUAGAGACUCAUUGAUGUUGCCAGGAACUUUACUAUACAGCAAAUACAGUAUUUACUGUCAUUUCAGAGAAUCAUGGAGUUGGAUGUAAGUCCCAUCCCCCAGGAACUCAUAUUCAUAGAGGAGGCUGGAUUCAAUUUAGCGAAGACGAGGAGGAGAGGAAGGAACGUCAUUGAGGUACCUGGCCAGCGUGGGGGAAAUGUCACCAUAUGAGCAGCUAUGAGCCACAGUGGGGUCCUCCACCGCCAUGCCACCCUUGGACCAUACAAGACUGCCCAUAUCCUUAAUUCCCCAUUGAGGAGUUGUUUUCAGCAUGGCAGUGGAAGGUGUAUGAUGGCAAACCCCAUGAACGUAUGGCCCUUCUCCAGGUAAUGGAGGAGGCCUGUGGUGACAUUCCAGCAGAGUCCUGUCAGGGGUGGAUGAGUCAUGCCAGAAGAUAUUUCCCCCGCUUUCAGGCCAAGGAGAAUAUCGCCUGUGAUGUUGAUGAAAUUCUGUGGCCGGAACAAAACAACAGAUAUGACUGAUUUUGUUAUUGCAAUGGAGUAUUUGUUUCUUGACUUUGAUUUUAUAUUUUCCGAACUAUUGAUCUAACAUACAGUACAGUAGUACAAAUAUACUUAUUUUUCUUUCUUUGCAUAUGCAAAAUAUAUGUAGUUUAUGUUUGCAUUUUUACUGUAUGUGUGCUUACAGUAUGCUGUUUGACAUGUAUUGAUGUGAUGAGUGUGAUAGAAGGAGUCAGGUGCAGGAGGGUAAAUCACCGAAUACAGAGUUUAUUCCGUCGUACACAAAUGCGCUGGAUAGCGACACACGGAAACAGGCACAUGGGAAACUAUCUACCCUGGCAAUACACGGUACGGGAUACUCCAACAAUAUACAGGCACAGGGGAAAUAUCUACCCCGGCAAUACAAAGGGAGAGUAGCUCCACCGAGCUCCACUACUCUCACAAAUAACAAUCACCCACAAGGACAAGGGGGGCAGAGGGAACACUUAUACACAGACUAAUGAGGGGAAUAUGAACCAGGUGUGUGUAACUGACAAGACAAGACAAAUGGAAUGAUGAGAUAUGACGACGAACGCCGAAGCCUGCCCGAACAUGGAGGGGAGGCAGCCUCGGCGGAAGUCGUGACAAUUGAGUCAUGUUGAAAUAUAAAACUAACAUUUUUGCAUUUUUGUUCCUUUCUUGUUUGAGUACACACAAACAAUAUACAGUAUAAAAACAACAUCUUUACACUGAAAUAGGUUCUGAUAGUAGUGUUUUGAAUGUCACAUUAGUGUGAUCUCGGUUGUCACUAAGUUAGAUUAAUUUGAUGUGUGUGUGUGUCUCAUUUGUAUGUAUAGUUUCAUUUUGAGCAGGGAGUACAUGAUUUUGAUUGCUGUGUUUCAUUUUGCAAGAUGUCUGUGGGGUUUGGGAAAAUUGUCAAACUGUUUUGUGUCUUGUGUUUUGAGUUUUGAGUACCUAAGAUGUAGUUUCAGCAAACGUGUGUUAACAACUGGGAAAAACUGUAAUCAUAUUCAUCAUAUUCAGGAGCUUAAGCGGUGAGGAGGCAGGACCCAGUAAUAUGAGGACAGAACCACCCCAGCCAUUCCUGGAGGUGCUGACUGAAGAAGAAGUGGCCUUCCUCAGAGACGGCAGCACAGCAGACACACACAGUGGAGGACAGGAGGGGCUAGGAGACAAGGUGUGUGUUACUGUCAAUCACAUAACUCUCUGUAAGUACAGAGGAAGUCUCAGUCCUCUUCCUCCUUCUGUUUCUCUCUGUAAGUACAAAGGAAGUCUCAGUCCUCUUCCUCCUUCUGUUUCUCUCUGUAAGUACAAAGGAAGUCUCAGUCCUCUUCCUCCUUCUGUUUCUCUCUGUAAGUACAGAGGCAUUCUCUCAGUCCUCUUCCUCCUGUUUCUCUCUAAGUACAGAGGAAGUCUCUCAGUCCUCUUCCUCCUUCUGUUUCUCUCUGUAAGUACAGAGGAAGUCUCUCAGUCCUCUUCCUCCUGUUUCUCUCUGUAAGUACAGAGGAAGUCUCUCAGUCCUCUUCCUCCUUCUGUUUCUCUCUGGAAGUACAUAGGAAGUCUCUCAGUCCUCUUCCUCCUGUUUCUGUCUCUGUCUCUCUCCUGUUUCUCUCUGUAAGUACAGAGGAAGUCUCUCAGUCCUCUUCCUCCUGUUUCUCUCUAAGUACAGAGGAAGUCUCUCAGUCCUCUUCCUCCUCCUGUUUCUCUCAGUACCUACCUGUCUCAUACUCUAUUUGAUAACCUCAGGAAAUAUAUAUCUUGUACACAGUGGCGGCUCCUGAAAAAAUUCUCAGGAGGGGCAAUUUUUCUGAUGAUUUAGGUGACCUACACACAUUUUUAAAAAGAUAUGUCCAGCAACAACAUGAAGACAGGGGCAGCAUAUAAGUCAAUACCAGAAGCAUUUAUUGACUGAUCUCAAAAGUGUUGGCUUACAAAAGCAAAAUAAGUUAUCACAGUAAAAAUAAUCAAGGGUGUUCUUUCACAUUCCUCAACACUGCAUAAACAAUAUGUAUGGCUUUGUAAAAAUGAACAACCAUAUUCUGGCCAAUUGUAUAGAUUUGUAAAUAUGAACAACCAUAUUCUGGCCAAUUGUAUAGAUUUGUAAAAAUGAACAUGAACAGAUUUUUUAUUUUUUUGAAUGGCAGUACCUUUCAAACAUGUCUGCUUGCAGUAAGGUAGCACUCACAAGGUGGCCAGAGAAAGAGAACCUUUCUUUGGUGUGAUCCAGGAUGGUGUUGCAGACCUCUUCAGACAGCCUCUGCUUCUCCUCUUCUCUCAAAGCUGUUCUGGGUCUUUUGGCUCCUGUUGCUUCUUGCAGCUGCUGUUGAGAGGAGUCCCUGAAGGCAAACAGACCAAUGUGUUUGUUGGCUUUGUACAGUAUUGUUGUCUAUGUUUACAUUUACAUUUUAGUCAUUUAGCAGACGCUCUUAUCCAGAGCGACUUACAGGAGCAAUUAGGGUUAAGUGCCUUGCUUAAGGGCACAUCGACAGAUUUUUCACCUAGUCGGCUCGGGGAUUAGAACCAGCGACCUUUCGGUUACUGGCACAACGCUCUUACCCACUAAGCUACCUGCCGCCCCUAUGUGAUGCACAGGUAUAUGCAAUGUAUCCAUGUAUAGUACAAAUACUUCAGUUCCACUUAAAAUGGGCAGGGAUGCAUAAAGUCUUUAGUGUUUAAGUUAGCCUUUGUGUCUCACAUAGCCUGGAUGUUCAGCACAGUAUACAGUGGUGCUCAUAAGCUUAUGAUCCCAUGCUAAAGUUGACUAAAAAGAGGAAUAAAAAAGAAAAGAAAAUUGGUGUCCUUAAAGGUUGGAUUUUCCAACUUUUUUAAUUAAGUCAUUAAGAUCAAUUUCCAAAAGAUGAUUUUUUUAUUUUUUUAUUCCUCUUUUUAGUCAGCUUUAGAAUGUGUUCAUACACUUAUGAGCACCACUGUACAGUACACAUAGUAUAUAAAAUAAGAUAGAUUACACCACUGGCCAUAUAUAAUGACAAUAAUGUAAUUUCAAACACAAAUGCAGUCUCCUUUCAUGCAUACAUUUUCAAAUAAAGCUCUGCUUUGAGAAAGAUCGAAUGAUAUUGUUUAAUCUUUAUCUUACCUUAUGGCCUGCACACUGCUUGCGAAGCUGUCGAGGGCACGUUUGAUAAAGACAGCAUCGAUGUCCUUAUUCUGUAGCUUCUGGUACGGUGGGCUGGUCAAAUGAACCCAAUGAACCCGUCCGGAUGGCUUCAAAACAUUCUAUGAGGUCGUCUCGAUUCUCGUAGACAGUGUUCACGACUCUGCUGUUGCUAACCUCAUCGUUGUGGCGGCGGACAGCUAGCCUGUAUCCCUCAUCCAGUUGAGUGGCAAUAUUCACUCUCACCAAAGCAGACAAUCUCAAACAGCUAUCAAUGUGGGUCUUUGACAGCUCAUUUUUCUUAAUCUUUUCUGAAAGAUGGUGCAUGUCGGUUACACCAGUCGCUGUCCAAGCGUUGCUGUCUGCCGUUCAUGGUUACGUUACGUUACGUAUGACGAAAGCGCGUAAGUGCAAGCCCUCAGACACCCAUAGAGAAUGUAUUGAAAGCUCAGAAAUUUGAAAAAAAAAAUUUUUACAUUAGAGGCUAUGAGAGACUUCUGGGCGAUUUUCAACCUGACUGAAAUCGCCCCAAAACGGGCGGGGACAUUUGAAGCACGACUUUAGCCUGAUUGGACAUUUAGUGGCUGGCAGAUCAGACGUGAACACUGAACUACUGUUGCCAUGAUAUAAUUGAUUAGAAAAAAAAUCCCUUCCUUUUCCCGUUUGGCAGUGCGUCGCCCAUAUCGCCCUAUUGAACACACCGCCCAUGCUUGUACAUAAUAACCCCAUACUUCUCUCUAUCUCUCUCUCUCUCUCUCAAUUCAAUUUCAAUUUAAGGGCAUUAUUGGCAUGGGAAACGUAUGUUAACAUUGCCAAAGCAAGUGAAGUAGAUAAUAAACAAAAGUGAAAUAAACAAUAAAUAUUAACAGUAAACAUUACACUCAGAAGUUCCAAAAGAAUAAAGACAUUUAAAAUGUCAUUUCAAAUCAAAUCAAAUUGUAUUUGCCACAUGCGCAGAAUACAACAGGUGUAGACAUUACAGUGAAAUGCUUACUUACAAGCCCUUAACCAACAAUGCAGUUAUUUCUUUUGAAAAAGUAAAAAAAAAAAAAAAAGUGUUAAGUAAAAAAAUAAAAGCAAAUAACUAAAGAGUAGGGAGGCUAUAUACAGGGGGGUACUGGUACAGAGUCAAUGUGCGGGGGCACCGGCUAGUCGAGGUAAAUUAGGUAAUAUGUACAUGUGGGUAGAGUUAAAGUGACUAUGCAUAAAUAAUUAACAGAGUAGCAGCAGCGUAAAAGAGGAGGGUGGGGGGGGGGCAGUGCAAAUAGUCUGGGGAGCCAUGAUUAGCUGUUCAGGAGUCUUAUGGCUUGGGGGUAGAAGCUGUUGAGAAGCCUUUUGGACCUAGACUUGGUGCUCUGGUACCGCUUGCCGUGCGGUAGCAGAGAGAACAGUCUAUGACUAGGGUGGCUAGAGUCUUUGACAAUUUUUUGGGCCUUCCUCUGACACCGCCUGGUAUAGAGGUCCUGGAUGGCAGGAAGCUUGGCCCCAGUGAUGUACUGGAACGUACGCACUACCAUCUGUAGCGCCUUACGGUCGGAUGCUGAGCAGUUGCCAUACCAGGCAGUGAUGCAACCAGUCAGGAUGCUCUCAAUGGUGCAGCUGUAGAACUUUUUGAGGAUCUGAGGACCCAUGCCAAAUCUUAUCAGUCUCGUGAGGGGGAAUAGGCUUUGUCGUGACCUCUUCACGACUGUCUUGGUGUGUUUGGACCGUGAUAGUUUGUUGGUGAUGUGGACACCAAGGAACUUGAAUCUCUCAACCUGUUCCACUACAGCCCCGUCGAUGAGAAUGGGGGCGUGCUCAGUCCUCUUUUAUUUCCUGUAGUCCACAAUCAUCUCCUUUGUCUUGAUCACGUUGAGGGAGAAGUUGUUAACCUGGCACCACACGGCCAGGUCUCUGACCUCCUCCCUAUAGGCUGUCUCAUCAUUGUCGGUGAUCAGGCCUACCACUGUUGUGUCGUCCGCAAACUUAAUGGUGGUGUUGGAGUCGUGCCUGGCCAUGCAGUCAUGGGUGAACAGGGAGUACAGGAGGGGACUGAGCACGCACCCCUGAGGGGCCCCCGUGUUGAGGAUCAGCAUGGCAGAUGUGUUGUUACCUACCCUUACCACCGUGGGCGGCCCGUCAGGAAGUCCAGGAUCCAGUUGCAGAGGGAGGUGUUUAGUCCCAGGGUCCUUAGCUUAGUGAUGAGCUUUGAGGGCACUAUGGUGUUGAACGCUGAGCUGUAGUCAAUUAAUAUUAUUCUCACGUAGGUGUUCCUCUUGUCCAGGUGGGAAAGGGCAGUGUGGAGUGGAAUAGAGAUUGCAUCAUCUGUGGAUCUGUUGGGGCGGUAUGCAAAUUGGUGUGGGUCUAGGGUUUCUGGGAUAAUGGUGUUGAUGUGAGCCAUGACCAGCCUUUCAAAGCACUUCAUGGCUACAGACGUGAGUGAAACGGGUCGGCAGUAAUUUAGGCAGGUUAUCUUAGAGUCCUUGGGCACAGGGACUAUGGUGGUCUGCUUGAAACAUGUUGGUAUUACAGACUCAGUCAGGGACAUGUUGAAAAUGUCAGUGAAGACACUUGCCAGUUGGUCAGUGCAUGCUCAGAGUACACGUCCUGGUAAUCCAUCUGGCCCUGCGGCCUUGUGAAUGUUGACCUGCUUAAAAGUCUUACUCACAUCAGCUAUGGAGAGCGUGAUCACAUAGUCAUCCGGAACAGCUGAUGCUCUCAUGCAUGCUUCAGUGUUGCUUGCCUCGAAGCGAGCAUAGAGGCGAUUUAGCUCGUCUGGUAGGCUUGUGUCACUUGGCAGCUCGCGGCUGUGCUUCCCUUUGUAGUCUGUAAUAGUUUUCAAGCCCUGCCACAUCUGACAAGCGUUAAAGCCGGUAUAUACAGUUGAAAUCAGAAGUUUACAUACACCUUAGCCAAAUACAUUUAAACUCAGUUUUUCACAAUUCCUGACAUUUAAUCACAGUCAAAAUUCCCUGUCUUAGGUCAGUUAGGAUCACCACUUUAUUUUAAGAAUGUGAAAUGUCAGAAUAAUAGUAGAGAGAAUGAUUUAUUUCAGCUUUUAUUUCUUACAUCACAUUCCCAGUGGGUCAGAAGUUUACAUAGUAUUUCAAUUAGUAUUUGGUAGCAUUGCUUUUAAAUUGUUUCACUUGGGUCAAACGUUUCUGGUAGCCUUCCACAAGCUUCCCACAAUAAAUUGGGUGAAUUUUGGCCCAUUCCUCCUGACAGAGCUGGUGUAACUGAAUCAGGUUUGUAGGCCUCCUUGCUCGCACAUGCUUUUUCAGUUCUGCCCCCAAAUUUUCUAUAGGAUUGAGGUCAGGGCUUUGUGAUGGCCACUCCAAUACCUUGACUUUGUUGUCCUUAAGCCAUUUUGCCACAACUUUGGAAGUAUGCUUGGGGUCAUUGUCCAUUUGGAAGACCCAUUUGCGACCAAGCUUUAACUUCUUGACUGAUUUCUUGAGAUGUUGCUUCAAUAUAUCCACAUUUUCCUUCCUCAUGAUGCCAUCUAUUUUGUGAAGGGCACCAGUCCCUCCUGCAGCAAAGCACCCCCACAGCAUGAUGCUGCCACCCCGUGCUUCACGGUUGGGAUGGUGUUUUCCUCAGCUUGCAAGCCUUCCCCUUUUUCCUCCAAACAUAACGAUGGUCAUUAUGGCCAAACAGUUCAAUUUUUGUUUCAUCAGACCAGAAGACAUUUCUCCAAAAAGUAUGAUCUUUGUCCCCAUGUGCAGAUGCAAACCGUAGUCUGGCUUUUUUAUGGCGGUUUUGGAGCAGUGGCUUCUUCCUUGCUGAGCGGUCUUUGAGGUUAUGUCGAUAUAGGACUCGUUUUACUGUGGAUAUAGAUAAUUUUGUACCUGUUUCCUCCAGCAUCUUCACAAGAUCCUUUGCUGUUGUUCUAGGAUUUAUUUGCACUUUUCGCACCAAAGUACAUUCAUCUCUAGGAGACAGAACGCAUCUCCUUCCUAAGCGGUAUGACGGCUGCGUGGUCCCAUGGUGUUUAUACUUGCGGACUAUUGUUUGUACAGAUGAACGUGGUACCUUCAGGCAUUUGGAAAUUGUUCACAAGGAUGAACCAGACUUGUGGAGGUCUACAAUUUCUUUCUGAGGUCUUGGCUGAUUUCUUUAGAUUUUUCCCAUGAUGUCAAGUAAAGAGGCACUGAGUUUGAAGGUAGGCCUUGAAAUACAUCCACAGGUACACCUCCAAUUGACUCAAAUGAUGUCAAUUAUCAGAAGCUUCUAAAGCCAUGACAUCAUUUUCUGGAAUUUUCCAAGCUGUUUAAAGGCACAGUCAACUUAGUGUAUGUAAACUUCUGAGCCACUGGAAUUGUGAUACAGUGAAUUAUAAGUGAAAGAAUCUGUCUGUAAACAAUUGUUGGAAAAAUUACUUGUGUCAUGCACAAAGUAAUGCACAGAUUCUAGUAGGAUGAGGCCGGGUGCUGCAGACUGUUCUAGUGCCCUCGCCAAUUUGUUGAUAUAUAUGUUGAAGAGGGUGGGACUUAAGGUGCAUCCCUGUCUCACCCCACGGCCCUGUGAAAAGAAAUAUGUGUGUUUUUUGCCCAUUUUUACCGCACACUUGUUGUUUGUGUACAUGGAUUUUAUAAUGUCAUAUAUUUUUCCCCCAACACCACUUUCCAUUAAUUUGUAUAGCAGGCCCUCAUGCUAAAUUGAGUCAAAAGCUUUUUUACAUUUCAUUUACGUCAUUUAGCAGACGCUCUUAUCCAGAGCGACUUACAGUUAGUGAAUACAUUUUUUUUUUUUUUUUAUACUGGCCCCCCGUGGGAAUCGAACCCACAACCCUGGCGUUGCAAACGCCAUGCUCUAUCAACUGAGCUACAUCCCUGCCGGCCAUUCCCUCCCCUACCCUGGACGACGCUGGGCCAAUUGUGCGCCGCCCAUGAGUCUCCCGGUCGCGGCCGGCUGCGACAGAGCCUGGAUUCGAACCAGGAUCUCUAGUAGCACAGUUAGCACUGCGAUGCAGUGCCUUAGACCACUGCGCCACUCAGGAGACUUUUUGAAAUCAACAAAGCAUGAGAAGACUUUGCCUUUGUUUAGCUUUGAUUGUUUGUCAAGUAGGGUGUGCAGGUUGAGUACGUGGUCUGUCUCAAUACAUUGUUUUCAUUGAGGAAAUGUACGAGUCUGCUGUUAAUGAUAAUGCAGAGGAUUUUCCCAAAUUUGCUGUUCACGCAUAUCCCACAGUAGUUAUUGGGGUCAAAUUUGGCCCCACUUUUGUGGAUUGGGGUGAUCAGUCCUUGGUUCCAAAUAUUGGGGAAGAUGCCAGAGCUAAGGAUGAUGUUAAAUAAUUUAAGUAUAGCCAAUUAGAAUUUGUGGUUGUAUAUAUUUUAUGUAUAUUUUAUGUAUUUUUUAUAUGUAUAUAUUAAUUGAGGACACUAUCAACACCACAGGCCUUUUUGGGUUGGAUGGUUUGUAUUUUGUCCUGUAGUUCAUUCAAUGUAAUUGGAGAAUCCAGUGGGUUCUGGUAGUCUUUAAUUGUUGAUUCUAAGUUUUGUAUUUGAUCAUGUAUAUGUUUUUGCUGUUUGUUCUUUGUUAUAGGGCCAAAAAGAUUGGAGAAGUGAUUUACCCAUACAUCUCUGUUUUGGAUAGAUAGCUCUUGUUGUUGUUGUUUGUUUAGUGUUUUCCAAUUUUCCAAGAAGUGGUUAGAGUCUAUGGAUUCUUCAAUUACAUUGAGCUGAUUUCGUACGUGCUGUUCCUUCUUUUCCGUAGUGUAUUUCUGUAUUGUUUUAGUGAUUCACCAUAGUGAAGGUGUAGGCUCAGGUUUUCUGGGUCUCUAUGUUUUUGGUUGGAUAGGUUUCUCAAUUUCUUUCUUAGAUUUUUGCAUUCUUCAUCAAACCAUUUGCAUUUGUUGUUCAUUUUCUUCGGUUUUCUGUUUGAAAUGUUUAGAUUUGGUAGGGAAGCUGAGAGGUAACGUCUAGGUUCCUACUCUUUAGGCCAAAGGCAGAUUACCUCAGGCCUCUCUCUCUAUCACCCCCCCUCUCUCUCUCAUCUCUCACUCACUCUCUCUCCAUCACUCUCUCUCUCUCUCUCUCUCUCUCUCCAUCACUCUCUCUCCCCAUCACUCUCUCUCUCUCUCCCAUCACUCUCUCUCUCUCCCCAUCACUCUCUCUCUCCCCCAUCACUCUCUCUCCUCUCUCCCCUCUCUCUCCCCAUCACUCUCUCUCUCUCCCCAUCACUCUCUCUCUCCCCAUCACUCUCUCUCUCCCCAUCACUCUCUCUCUCUCCCCAUCACUCUCUCUCUCUCCAUCACUCUCUCUCUCUCUCUCUCUCUCUCCCUCCAUCACUCUUUCCCUCUGUCAUUCCCUCCAUCAGCCAUGCCAGGCAGAGCCAUGACAAUAACCACUGACGUAUUGUGAGUAGAAAAGACCCAAUCACUUUAAUAACAUUUCAUGCUAUCUCUGCUUUCACACACACACACACACACACACACACACACACACACACACACACACACACACACACACACACACACACACACACACAGAGAGACAGAGAGACAGACAGACAGACAAACAGACAGACAGACAGACAGACAGACACACAUGGCGCCUGGAAUCUGUACUUCACCAGCGGAGAACACAGGCUGUCAUUUCAGACCAACACAGUGGAAAUGCAGAGUGCAACCAAUCCGAUUGGAUAAACUGUGGAAGAAUGUAAUUGUGGAGGACAGCGGGUUGAUAUAGAGAUGACUUACUAUAUAUAGAGGGUUGAUAUAGAGAUGACUUACUAUAUAUAGAGGGUUGAUAUAGAGAUGACUUACUAUGUAGAGAGGGUUGAUAUGGAGAUGACUUACUAUGUAGAGAGGGUUGAUAUAGAGAUGACUUACUAUGUAGAGAGGGUUGAUAUGGAGAUGACUUACUAUGUAGAGAGGGUUGAUAUAGAGAUGACUUACUAUGUAGAGGGGGUUGAUAUAGAGAUGACUUACUAUGUAGAGGGGGUUGAUAUAGAGAUGACUUACUAUAUAGAGAGGGUUGAUAUAGAGAUGACUUACUAUAUAGAGAGGGUUGAUAUAGAGAUGACUUACUAUAUAGAGAGGGUUGAUAUAGAGAUGACUUACUAUGUAGAGAGGGUUGAUAUAGAGAUGACUUACUAUGUAGAGAGGGUUGAUAUGGAGAUUACUUACUAUGUAGAGAGGGUUGAUAUGGAGAUGACUUACUAUGUAGAGAGGGUUGAUAUGGAGAUGACUUACUAUGUAGAGAGGGUUGAUAUAGAGAUGACUUACUAUGUAGAGAGGGUUAAUAUGGAGAUUACUUACUAAGUAGAGAGGGUUAAUAUGGAGAUUACUUACUAUUAAGAGAGGCGUAUCAGACUGGCCCUCCUCAAAAAUAUGAAUUUAUAAAGUGUGUGUGUGUUGUGUGUGUGUUGUGUGUGUGUUGUGUGUGUCUCAAAUGUGACUAAUGUGUCAGAACAGACCCAUCUGUUCACCCCUCACCCCAGGGCGAGUGGGCGAGUGUGUGUGACACUGACCGUAGAGCGAUGGCAGGGAGAGCGGGUUAGUGAGUGAGAGAGGAGAUGGGGUGACUAUUCUAUUGAAAAACAACAAUCCCACAAACAUUUUCCAUGGGAAAUAAAAUAUUUAUCAAUAUGCGAUUUCCAAAAUGGUGGACUUUUAUCAUGGUAGCUGGUAGCAACAGGAAUACUCUGGGAUGCAGCAAAGUGAAUGGCAAAAAUAACCAUACAGUUAUGAGGGAAACCAAGUCAACAGGUUAUCAACAUGCACAUUGAACAUAAUACUGUGGCUUAAACAAGAGUAGAAAUCAAUGUUACUCUGAAUGUGAAAAAACAAUAGUCUUAUGUGAACUCUAUUGAGAUAGAAAGAGGAGGUAGGGAGAGAGAGGGGGAUGGUGGAGGGAGCAAACCUAGGUAACUCACAGAGAUGGUGGAGUGAGGAAAGCUAGGUAACUCACAGAGAUGGUGGAACAUCAUCGUCUCCAUAAUAACUAAGUGCCGUGUCUGACAGUGACUGGGUUUAUAUUGAGCCACAUCCAUUCACUGUCUUAAUAACUAUCCAUAUCAAAGCUGUGGGCUCUGCUCUACUUCACUGACUGUUGGUUGAAGUCUCUCUUCUGAGUCAGUGAUACGUAGUUUUCUGUGCAGCGAGAAUCUCUCAGUUAUGUUAAAUGCUGAUGAGGAACAUGACUCUGAAACCUGCUUUAAAUACAUGAUCCCAAAUGCAAGUAGAUCCCUAGCCCGUAUGAACUAGUUGUGUAGAUCUGAAAGCAUUGGAACAGCAAUAUGUUAAUCCCUGUAGCACCAUCUUGUGUUUUGAUAGGCCAGCUGAAACUGUUGCCAUAAUGCUUCCAUCUACUUCCUGUCUCUGUGACACCCUUUCAGUUCAGAUCUGUGUAGGGAGUGUCUGUCUAGGGGAAGGGUGUAGGGUGUAGGGUGUAGGGUAUAAGGGUUAGGGCUAGGGGUCGAUCUGGGAUUGGUCAAUGAAAUAAGAGAGGACUGAUGCGUUACGAUACUGGACACUUUAGAUGACCAGCCCUUUUGACCUGAACAUCUCUUGUGUUACAAAAAAAAAGAAUAUAUACAUUCAAAAAGAACUGACAAAAUGCAAGGAUUCAUACAAAACACACUUUUAAAAAAGACAACUAUUUACAAAACAAUCUCCAUUACAAAAAUCUAGUCAAAUGUUUUAGGAGAGCAGUGCUCGGGUGAAAUGACUACCCAAAUUAUUUAGAUGUUUGCUUCAUUUUGGGCCAUAUCAUUUAGAACACUAAUAGAUCACACCAAUGAAGAAGAAUAGAAUGGAGAAAUAGUUUUGUGGUGGUGACACUGUGAUGAGGUAGAAUGUAACUAAAAGUCAGUUAGUGCCAUCAUGCGAAUCCCUGCCACUCCAAACAUGACUGGAUUUCAGGCAAACUCACAGACACUCAGGAUUCUCCUCACUAUCUGUCAAUACGUGGUUAUCUGUCUAAACUCAGUCUAUUCUCAUGGUAUUGUAUUGUAUUGUCUGAAGUACUACUAGUUGGUAUUUGGUAGACAGAGUCCAUGAUUAAUCUAUUUGUUAAUUUCCAAGACAAGCAUUCUCUACGCUAUGGGACUACUUCGCCCAAUGCAGACCGCACACACAGGCGCUGAACCUAAUCCUGACUCUGUCCUGUUCUGAUAGCUGAAGCUGGAAUCUCCUCAGUGACUGAACACCUUGCGGGUGGAAAAUUCUCCCUCUUUCUACCUUCUCUCUCUCUCUCCUCUCCUCCUCCUCUCUUCUCCUCUCCUCCUCUUUCCUCUCCUCUCUCCUCUCUCCUCCUCCUCCUCCUCUCCUCUCUCCUCUCUUCUCCUCCUCCUCUCCUCUCUCCUCUCUCCUCCUUCUCCUCCUCCUCCUCUCCUCUCUCCUCUCUUCUCCUCCUCCUCUCCUCUCUCCUCUACUCCUCUCCUCUCUCCUCUCCUCUCCUUCUCCUCUCUUCCUCCUGUCCUCAUCCUCCCCCGUCAUCCUUGUGCUGUCAUCUGUUAUUCUCAUCAUGGCUAGUGCGUACGUGGGUGUACACUUGUGUGUGUGUGUGUGUGAGUGUGUGAGUGUGUGAGUGUGUGGGUGCACGUGUGUGUGUCAGUGUUGGCAUGUUGAUUAGUCAUGCUGUGUGAGUGCUACUGAAUCACUCCAGCCUCAGCUGAGUCAUCCACAGACAGGAGCCAACACUCAACAGGCCUGGAGCAUCACACACUGACCAACACUCACAAUGCCUGGAGCAUCACACACUGACCAACACUCAACAGGCCUGGAGCAUCACACACUGACCAACACUCAACAGGCCUGGAGCAUCACACACUGACCAACACUCAACAGGCCUGGAGCAUCACACACUGACCAACACUCAACAGGCCUGGAGCAUCACACACUGACCAACACUCAACAGGCCUGGAGCAUCACACACUGACCAACACUCAACAGGCCUGGAGCAUCACACACUGACCAACACUCACAAGGCCUGGAGCAUCACACACUGACCAACACUCAACAAGGCCUGGAGCAUCACACACUGACCAACACUCAACAGGCCUGGAGCAUCACACACUGACCAACACUCAACAGGCCUGGAGCAUCACACACUGACCAACACUCAACAGGCCUGGAGCAUCACACACUGACCAACACUCAACAGGCCUGGAGCAUCACACACUGACCAACACUCAACAGGCCUGGAGCAUCACACACCUACCAACACUCAACAGGCCUGGAGCAACACACACUGACCAACAGGCCUGGAGCAUCCAUCCAACAAUGUGGUCCCGUCUCAUCUUACUCCUCUAGUUCCAUCCAACAAUGUGGUCCCCACUCAUCUUUCUACUUCAGUUCCAUCCAACAAUGUGGUCCCCACUCAUCUUUCUACUUCAGUUCCAUCCAACAAUGUGGUCCCCACUCAUCUUUAUACUUUAGUUCCAUCCUACUGACUUCUCUUCCGUUAGUCACAUGACUAUCUCUUUUAACAAACCUCCGCCCCCCACACCUCAAAAGACAGUCUCAAACACACACAGCACUAAAAAGAGGUCAUACAUACCUGGAGCAUGGCUAAGAUCCUAUCAGGCUGGUGGAAUAUAUACACACACACACACACACACACACAUACACACACACACACACACACACACACACAGACACACACACACACACACACACACACACACACACACACACACACAGACGAUGGACCUGUCCAUAAACAGUGCAGACCCAGGUAAUAUCCAUGGGAAAAUGAGAGGGUGAUGGUGUUGGUGAAAGAGUGGAGGAAACAGUGAGAUCUUAGCUUCUAUACAUGUAGAUGUAUUUGUAGGGAAAGCUACUAAAAUACAACAGGUCUGUGGAGUGAUGUAGGAUCAUACUACAGACAGUAAGGCAGACAGUAGAGGUGUGAGGCUAGAGACAGUAGAGGUGUGAGGGUAGAGACAGUAGAGGUGUGAGGGUAGAGACAGUAGAGGUGUGAGGCUAGAGACAGUAGAGGUGUGAGGGUAGAGACAGUAGAGGUGUGAGGGUAGAGACAGUAGAGGUGUGAGGGUAGAGACAGUAGAGGUGUGAGGGUAGAGACAGUAGAGGUGUGAGGCUAGAGACAGUAGAGGUGUGAGGCUAGAGACAGUAGAGGUGUGAGGGUAGAGACAGUGAAGGUGUGAGGGUAGAGACAGUAGAGGUGUGAGGGUAGAGACAGUAGAGGUGUGAGGGUAGAGACAGUAGAGGUGUGAGGGUAUAGACAGUAGAGGUGUGAGGGUAGAGACAGUAGAGGUGUGAGGGUAGAGACAGUAGAGUGUGAGGGUAGAGACAGUAGAGUGUGAGGGUAGAGACAGUAGAGGUGUGAGGGAGAGACAGUAGAGGUGUGAGGGUAGAGCAGUAGAGUGUGAGGGUAGAGACAGUAGAGGUGUGAGGUAGAGACAGUAAGUGUGAGGGUAGAGACAGUAGAGUUGUGAGGGUGAGAGACAGUAGAGGUGUGAGGGUAGAGACAGUAGAGGUGUGAGGUAGAGACAGUAAGUGUGAGGGAGAGACAGUAGAGGUGUGAGGGUAGAGACAGUAGAGGUGUGAGGGUAGAGACAGUAUAGGUGUGAGGCUAAGACAGUAGAGGUGUGAGGGUAGAGACAGUAGAGUGUGAGGGUAGAGACAGUAGAGGUGUGAGGGUAGAGACAGUAGAGGUGUGAGGCUAGAGACAGUAGAGGUGUGAGGGUAGAGACAGUAGAGGUGUGAGGGUAGAGACAGUAGAGGUGUGAGGGUAGAGACAGUAGAGGUGUGAGGGUAGAGACAGUAGAGGUGUGAGGCUAGAGACAGUAGAGGUGUGAGGCUAGAGACAGUAGAGGUGUGAGGGUAGAGACAGUAGAGGUGUGAGGGUAGAGACAGUAGAGGUGUGAGGCUAGAGACAUUUUGGGCCAUAUCAUUUAGAACACUAAUAGAUCACACCAAUGAAGAAGAAUAGAAUGGAGAAAUAGUUUUGUGGUGGUGACACUGUGAUGAGGUAGAAUGUAACUAAAAGUCAGUUAGUGCCAUCAUGCGAAUCCCUGCCACUCCAAACAUGACUGGAUUUCAGGCAAACUCACAGACACUCAGGAUUCUCCUCACUAUCUGUCAAUACGUGGUUAUCUGUCUAAACUCAGUCUAUUCUCAUGGUAUUGUAUUGUAUUGUCUGAAGUACUACUAGUUGGUAUUUGGUAGACAGAGUCCAUGAUUAAUCUAUUUGUUAAUUUCCAAGACAAGCAUUCUCUACGCUAUGGGACUACUUCGCCCAAUGCAGACCGCACACACAGGCGCUGAACCUAAUCCUGACUCUGUCCUGUUCUGAUAGCUGAAGCUGGAAUCUCCUCAGUGACUGAACACCUUGCGGGUGGAAAAUUCUCCCUCUUUCUACCUUCUCUCUCUCUCUCCUCUCCUCCUCCUCUCUUCUCCUCUCCUCCUCUUUCCUCUCCUCUCUCCUCUCUCCUCCUCCUCUCCUCUCUCCUCUCUUCUCCUCCUCCUCUCCUCUCUCCUCUCUCCUCCUUCUCCUCCUCCUCCUCUCCUCUCUCCUCUCUUCUCCUCCUCCUCUCCUCUCUCCUCUACUCCUCUCCUCUCUCCUCUCCUCUCCUUCUCCUCUCUUCCUCCUGUCCUCUCCUCCCCCGUCAUCCUUGUGCUGUCAUCUGUUAUUCUCAUCAUGGCUAGUGCGUACGUGGGUGUACACUUGUGUGUGUGUGUGUGUGAGUGUGUGAGUGUGUGAGUGUGUGGGUGCACGUGUGUGUGUCAGUGUUGGCAUGUUGAUUAGUCAUGCUGUGUGAGUGCUACUGAAUCACUCCAGCCUCAGCUGAGUCAUCCACAGACAGGAGCCAACACUCAACAGGCCUGGAGCAUCACACACUGACCAACACUCACAAUGCCUGGAGCAUCACACACUGACCAACACUCAACAGGCCUGGAGCAUCACACACUGACCAACACUCAACAGGCCUGGAGCAUCACACACUGACCAACACUCAACAGGCCUGGAGCAUCACACACUGACCAACACUCAACAGGCCUGGAGCAUCACACACUGACCAACACUCAACAGGCCUGGAGCAUCACACACUGACCAACACUCAACAGGCCUGGAGCAUCACACACUGACCAACACUCACAAGGCCUGGAGCAUCACACACUGACCAACACUCAACAGGCCUGGAGCAUCACACACUGACCAACACUCAACAGGCCUGGAGCAUCACACACUGACCAACACUCAACAGGCCUGGAGCAUCACACACUGACCAACACUCAACAUGGCCUGGAGCAUCACACACUGACCAACACUCAACAGGCCUGGAGCAUCACACACUGACCAACACUCAACAGGCCUGGAGCAUCACACACCUACCAACACUCAACAGGCCUGGAGCAACACACACUGACCAACACUCAACAGGCCUGGAGCAUCACACACUGACCAACACUCAACAGGCCUGGAGCAACACACACUGACCAACACUCAACAGGCCUGGAGCAUCACACACUGACCAACACUCAACAGGCCUGGAGCAUCACACACUGACCAACACUCAACAGGCCUGGAGCAUCACACACUGACCAACACUCAACAGGCCUGGAGCAUCACACACUGACCAACACGCAACAGGCCUGGAGCAACACACACUGACCAACACUCAACAGGCCUGGAGCAACACACACUGACCAACACUCAACAGGCCUGGAGCAUCACACACUGACCAACACUCAACAGGCCUGGAGCAUCCAUCCAACAAUGUGGUCCCGUCUCAUCUUACUCCUCUAGUUCCAUCCAACAAUGUGGUCCCCACUCAUCUUUCUACUUCAGUUCCAUCCAACAAUGUGGUCCCCACUCAUCUUUCUACUUCAGUUCCAUCCAACAAUGUGGUCCCCACUCAUCUUUAUACUUUAGUUCCAUCCUACUGACUUCUCUUCCGUUAGUCACAUGACUAUCUCUUUUAACAAACCUCCGCCCCCCACACCUCAAAAGACAGUCUCAAACACACACAGCACUAAAAAGAGGUCAUACAUACCUGGAGCAUGGCUAAGAUCCUAUCAGGCUGGUGGAAUAUAUACACACACACACACACACACACAUACACACACACACACACCACACACACACACAGACACACACACACACCACACACACACACACACACACACACACACACAGACGAUGGACCUGUCCAUAAACAGUGCAGACCCAGGUAAUAUCCAUGGGAAAAUGAGAGGGUGAUGGUGUUGGUGAAAGAGUGGAGGAAACAGUGAGAUCUUAGCUUCUAUACAUGUAGAUGUAUUUGUAGGGAAAGCUACUAAAAUACAACAGGUCUGUGGAGUGAUGUAGGAUCAUACUACAGACAGUAAGGCAGACAGUAGAGGUGUGAGGCUAGAGACAGUAGAGGUGUGAGGGUAGAGACAGUAGAGGUGUGGAGGGUAGAGACAGUAGAGGUGUGAGGCUAGAGACAGUAGAGGUGUGAGGGUAGAGACAGUAGAGGUGUGAGGGUAGAGACAGUAGAGGUGUGAGGGUAGAGACAGUAGAGGUGUGAGGGUAGAGACAGUAGAGGUGUGAGGCUAGAGACAGUAGAGGUGUGAGGCUAGAGACAGUAGAGGUGUGAGGGUAGAGACAGUGAAGGUGUGAGGGUAGAGACAGUAGAGGUGUGAGGGUAGAGACAGUAGAGGUUGUGAGGGUAGAUAACAGUAGAGGUGUUGAGGGUAUAGACAGUAGAGGUGUGAGGGUAGAGACAGUAGAGGUGUGAGGGUAGAGACAGUAGAGGUGUGAGGGUAGAGACAGUAGAGGUGUGAGGGGAGAGACAGUAGAGGUGUGAGGGUAGAGACAGUAGAGGUGUGAGGGUAGAGACAGUAGAGGUGUGAGGGUAGAGACAGUAGAUGUGUGAGUGGUAAGACAGUAGAGGUGUGAGGGUAGAGACAGUAGAGGUGUGAGGGUAGAGACAGUAGAGGGUGUGAGGGUAGAGACAGUAGAGGUGUGAGGGGAGAGACAGUAGAGGUGUGAGGGUAGAGACAGUAGAGGUGUGAGGGUAGAGACAGUAUAGGUGUGAGGCUAGAGACAGUAGAGGUGUGAGGGUAGAGACAGUAGAGGUGUGAGGGUAGAGACAGUAGAGGUGUGAGGGUAGAGACAGUAGAGGUGUGAGGCUAGAGACAGUAGAGGUGUGAGGGUAGAGACAGUAGAGGUGUGAGGGUAGAGACAGUAGAGGUGUGAGGGUAGAGACAGUAGAGGUGUGAGGGUAGAGACAGUAGAGGUGUGAGGCUAGAGACAGUAGAGGUGUGAGGCUAGAGACAGUAGAGGUGUGAGGGUAGAGACAGUAGAGGUGUGAGGGUAGAGACAGUAGAGGUGUGAGGCUAGAGACAGUAGAGGUGUGAGGGGAGAGAGGAACACACACGCUAUCUGGAUCCCCAGCAGAGGUCUGCCUGACACACAAACACACACACACACACACACACACACACACACACACACACACACACACACACACACACACACACACAUCAGUGGAGGCUGGUGGGAGUAGCUAUAGGAGGACAAGCUCAUUUUAAUGGCUGGAAUGGAAUUAAUGGAACGGAGUCAAACAUGUCGUUUCCAUAUGUUUGAUACCGUUCCAUUUAUUCCAUUCCAGCCAUUACAAUGAGCCUGUCCUCCUAUAGCUACUCCCACCAGCCUCCUGUGACAAACAGAGGACAGGAGGAGAGAGCAUAGGAGGAGAGGACAGGAGGAUAGAGGACAGGGGGAUAGAGGACAGGAGGAGAGGACAGGAGGAUGGAGGACAUGAUUAUAGAGGACAGGAGGAUAGAGAACAGGAGGAUAGAGGACAGGAGGAGAGAACAGGAGGAUAGAGGACAGGGGGAGAGGACAGGAGGAUAGAGGACAGGAGGAGAGGAGGACAGGAGGAGAGGACAGGAGGAUAGAGGACAGGAGGAUAGUACAGGAGGAUAGAGGACAGGAGGAUAGAGGACAGGAGGAUAGAGGACAGGAGGAUAGAGGACAGGAGGAUAGAGAGUAAAACAUCAUACUACAGAGCCAAACAACAAGACGAGAUGUACUGGACAGUUUCUGGACAGUUCAGUUUUUCUCGAUCAGUCCAUGGUCCACUGUCAGGUGUCCUUCUCCUCAGGUCAGUAGGUGGUAGAAAAACAUGGGCUUGUUAAAAGCGAAGUCCCCAAGUUAAAAUAAAACGUUAGUCCAGUAGUAGAGUAAUCAAUCGCUCCUCUACUUCUUUCUUUAACUCACACCGUAGUGGAUGUUCAAUCGCUCCUGUCCUCUCAGACUUUGUAAUAAAUGUUCUCUCCUCCUCUCUCAGACUUUGUAGUAGAUGUUUGCUGGGCUCUGCGGAGGCAUCUCCUGUACGAUAUAAACAGGAUGUCCGUAGUCACCGCUCACCUUCUCGUAGUGAGGGCAGUAGUUAUUCUCUGUCCGUAGCGGGAUGAUGAGGUCAUUGGGUUCCGUCCCGGCUGUGCCCCCGCUGCCAGGCAGCUUGUUCUGAUUGGACAGCGUGCUGAGUGA